CUUAGCUACAGCACAACUGCUUUCGUUUCCAUAGCUAACUGCAGUGCACAAGGCAGCCGGAGGCAGGGACAGCCAUACCGGGGGAUGGAAGAAGAGUGGCACCGCUGAGGUAAAGAAGGCAGCCCUGCAGCACUGUGCGGGUUAUGGGGAGGGGGUGGCUAGUUAUUUUGUAUCCACUCACAGUGCCAGCCGGGGACUUGUUGCUGUCAGGAUGAUGGGAGGUGUUGGCAAAAGGGGCUGACAGCUUCCCUGGCAGGUCCAUGCCACCUGUGUCUGGGAGGGGGCCAAUAGCUUCCCUGGCAGGUCCAUGCCACCUGUGUCUGGGAGGGGGCUGACAGCUUCCCUGGCAGGUCCAUGCCACCUGUGUCUGGGAGGGGGCUACUAGCUUCCCUGGCAGGUCCAUGCCACCUGUGUCUGGGAGGGGGCUGACAGCUUCCCUGGCAGGUCCAUGCCACCUGUGUCUGGGAGGGGGCUGACAGCUUCCCUGGCAGGUCCAUGCCGCCUGUGUCUGGGAGGGGGCCAAUAGCUUACCUGGCAGGUCCAUGCCACCUGUGUCUGGGAGGGGGCCAAUAGCUUCCCUGGCAGGUCCAUGCCACCUGUGUCUGGGAGGGGCCAUAGCUUCCCUGGCAGGUCCAUGCCACCUGUGUCUGGGAGGGGGCUACUAGCUUCCCUGGCAGGUCCAUGCCACCUGUGUCUGGGAGGGGGCUGGCAGCUUCCCUGGCAGGCCCAUGCCACCUGUGUCUGGGAGGGGGCUACUAGCUUCCCUGGCAGGUCCAUGCCACCUGUGUCUGGGAGGGGGCCAAUAGCUUCCCUGGCAGGUCCAUGCCACCUGUGUCUGGGAGGGGCCAUAGCUUCCCUGGCAGGUCCAUGCCACCUGUGUCUGGGAGGGGGCUACUAGCUUCCCUGGCAGGUCCAUGCCACCUGUGUCUGGGAGGGGGCUGGCAGCUUCCCUGGCAGGCCCAUGCCACCUGUGUCUGGGAGGGGGCAACUAGCUUCCCUGGCAGGUCCAUGCCACCUGUGUCUGGGAGGGGGCUGACAGCUUCCCUGGCAGGUCCAUGCCACCUGUGUCUGGGAGGGGCCAUAGCUUCCCUGGCAGGUCCAUGCCACCUGUGUGUGGGAGGGGGCCAAUAGCUUCCCUGGCAGGUCCAUUCCACCUGUGUCUGGGAGGGGGCUGGCAGCUUCCCUGGCAGGCCCAUGCCACCUGUGUCUGGGAGGGGGCUACUAGCUUCCCUGGCAGCUCCAUGUCACCUGUGUCUGGGAGGGGACUACCAGCUUCAUAGGUAGGUCAAUGCUACCCGUGUCUGGGGAGGGGGCUACUAGCUUCCCUGACAGGUCCAUGCCACCUGUGUCUAGGAAGGACAGAGAUUCAAUGGUCGAAAGAGACAAGACUAUCGCGACAGAGCCUGAAUAGUGUGAAUAUAUUGGGAUACUGGAUACUAGUGUGAUAUCGCAGAAUUAAAUCUUCACCGUGUGAAUGGUAUAACAAUCGGAUGUACUGUAACAUUUGGGACACAUUGUGACAUUUGAUUGGUGUGUUAUAUUGGCACUAUUGUGACUGUGAUAUUUAGGGAUAUAGUGUGACAAAUCCUGACAUAUUGUGUACAUAGUGUUUGCAAUCGGGGGAAUUUGGGAUAGUGAUCGAGGUGAAUCUUGAACAUUUUGCGUCUCACGUGGCAUGAUAUCAGGGAAAUGCUGUGAAUGGUAUGAUAUUUGUGACAUACAGUGUUACUUGUGUUUAUGUUGUGAUAUAGGAGACAUAUUGUGACUCGUUAUGACUAUUAAUUAAAAAACAGUUUGUGCUGAGCUAAGAACCCAUGUAGGCCAAACAGCAGGCUUUGUUGAAGUGGACCCCCCUCCCCCCAACUUGGCUAGUCAAGCCUAAACUUUGUAAGUCACUUCUCAGCUCACUAUAAUUCACUGUUUAGUAAAUAGAUUUCUUGAAAACUGGUGUGAUUUGUGGGCACACAUUAUGCCCCAUGCUGAUAAAUGUGGCAUUAGAAACAGGUUGAGACAUGAUAACUGUGAUGAUUUAGUCAUUAUUGUAUUAUGGGUGAUCAUGUGGCACUAAAUAUGGCCUAGCAUGAAAUAUACAAUUAUUCCAAUAAAGGGUCCUUGGCAGGGGAUAUAGUUUAUUUCUAGUGGAUAUAAUAUUCAUGUAUACAUACACCUUAAGGAACAGGUUAACUGUUUAAGUGCCAAAGAGGAUUAGGUUAAGGCACACAUUACAGAGCAAUACUCGGGCCCAUUCAAUAAACUGUGAGCCCGUGGUACAUUCAUUAAACAGUGAUUUGUGAUGUUUGACUACCCAUAUGCAACAUUAAGGCUAAGAUAGCAACAUUGGAAACACAUUUUUAUGGUGGCUGUGUUGGAAAUUUAGAUUUGUUUUGACCUGAGUCUUUAAAAAUAGUUAUUAACUCACAACAAUUUACUGUUUAGUGAAAAUAACUUUCAGCCAAAUCUGGUGUAGUGUCUUAAUUUAUAGUUAAUAGUUUGCCACACUAUAACAAGCCUAUGGUGUUUAAUUGCCCAAUUUAUUUUUAUAGCUGAAUAGUGUCAAUUGUUCUCCUUACUUAAAUGAUUGUCAUGAUCAGACUAGUGAAUGUUACUUUCCCUGCAUUAAUGGAUGUGAGAAUCUUUGUCCCAGAAUGGAAAGAGUUAAUAGUGUACUACCACCCAAUGAGCAGGGCCGCAAAAUCCCCUGUACUUGAUGUUUCUUUGCUUUGUCUUGCUAGACAAUAUCACUGACCAGUCAUUCAGUGGAGUAGCUAGAUACCUAACACUUCCCUAGCAAUUGAGAGUUCCAGGUCCCACCUAUACACAAUGAGAUGCCUAGCUUGGUCUGUCAGUCCACUUCUGUCCAGUGCUGCCAUAGGGUCUUUGACUUCAGUUACCAGACAAUUACCAGACAGGCACUAUUUGACCCCUAAUUCUACAGCUCCUGGCUGUCUACCUGCUUGUUUUUUAUGUCACCCCCUUCCUCCUCCCCUUUUCUUCUUCUCCUGGUUUCUUUCUCAGCUGCUUCAGAAAUAACCGGUGGAUCCAGUUUUCUUUCUUGUUAAUCUCAUUGCAGGAGCGAUGACCUCCCUCUCCCUCUCUCUUUCCUGAAAGUACGUGACAUUCCAAACUUUCCCCAGCAGUCUUCCCCUGUCUCUGUUCCCUGUUACACACAGCCCGGGUCUCCCUGAGCCACUGUUGGCAAACCUAUCCAAGAUUGCUCAUACCAGGAUUGACCUUCGUAUUUACCCUCCACCUAUUCCAGGAUUACCCUUUCCAUAUACCCUCCUCUCAUCCCACGAUUACCUUCUCCAUUUACCUUCCCCUUUCCAUUUACACUCUACUCAUCCCAGGGUUACCCUGACCAAUUACCUUCCAGUCCCAAGAUAACUCUUUCCAUUUUCCAUCCAUUCAUCACAGGAUUACCUUUUCAAUUUACCCUCCACUCGUCCCUGGAUUACCCUGACUUCGUUCACACCUCUCCAGCCAGCAGAUAUCAAUGGGACACCUGCUCACCUGAGGUAGUGGCAUCUACAACCUGCGCAUUUCUCUCUAAUAUUUACACAUACUGACACACAGACACACACACACACACACACACGGUGAUUAGAAACAUAUACAUACUGAGCAUUGAAACAUCAUACAAUAAUUGUCUACAGUAACACGCAUCAUAUAUAUAUAUAUAUAUAUAUACAUAUAUAUAUAUAUAUAUAUAUAUAUAUAUAUGUACACAUACAUACAUGAUACUUUUUAUAAUCUCUUAAAUUUAAUGUUUUGAUCCCUGUAGGUUAUCUAUCUAUCUAUCUAUCUAUCCAUCCAUCCUCAUAUAUAUCUUUAUGUAUGCAUAGUGGUUUAACAUACAUUUGAUGUUUUGUUCACUUAUUAUUUUACUAUCAUUGUUUUGUUUAAUGAUGAUGAUGGGUUAAUUUACUUAUUAUGCAUUCUGAGACCUGUUGGCACCUGUUACAAACUCUAACUGUCUCUUUUAUGGUAUGGGUUUUUGGAUAUUGGAUAUGCAGUACUGAGAAAUAAGUAGAUACUUCUCUGCUACAUGGUAUAUCUAUUUUUGAUCUUUGGGGACAGUUGGAUUACUCACACCAGUCUGUCACUCCUGCCUUGUCUUACCCCUUUCUUUAUCAGUUACACGUCUUUAAUUGGUAUUCUUGGUCCCUGAUUUUAUCAGCCAAGUUUCGUAGGCAUCGUUUUGAGACAUUUUGUGAUAAGACAAACUGUUAAGAAAAAAAAAAAAAGAAAAAACAUGUUGAACGUACAAAUAUGCCUAAGAGUUAAAGUUUCAAUACUGAUUGGGAUAUAGCUGAUCUGGUGCAUAUUGAAACUGACGUGUUAACUGCUGCCUGUGAAGGCAAUUUGAUCUGUCUGAAAAGAAAAACGAGAACAGAAGAGAAAUAACAUUCUUAUUUAAUAUAUUCAGCAGUUUGAACUAUAUACUUUUUUUUUUAAUACUUUUUUGGGAAGUGAUUUGGAGAGAAGACUUGAAGCAGCCUACUUUCCAGUAAGUAAUGUAGAAAUUCCAGGAGCAAGAGCUAAAUAUACUUGGUGGAUCAAUACAGAAAUGGCUGGUUGUGAAUAAUUUAAUUGGCAGUGCAGGAACAGUUUGGAAGCUAAAAGCAAAACGAGGAAGAGGUGGCAAAAAAGGAGAACAUUUAUCUGCUUUGUACUUUGUGAUGUAUAUUUUUUCACAUUGUUUUUAUAAUAUGUGCACUUUUACUUCUUGAUGGGAGCGUGACAUUUAAUUCAGCUGGUUUAUUUGACAUGGGCAAUCCCAUAUCUCUUAAUUACAGCACUAUUGUAUUUACACAAAGUUCUCUGUAGUUAAGAGUUGAUGACUAUGUAGGUCCUUAUACACAUAAUACGGCUCCCUUUAAGAGAAUGUUAUAAUUUUACUUGACUCUUUUAUAUAUGUGUGUAUGUUUAAAGAUACAUUGUUAGAUAUAGAUUGUGACUUCUCUGAGAUAUGCCUGCUAAAAGGUAAAGAUAGCUACUGAUCCUAGAGCUUUACUGCUAGUACCUAAAUUCCUGAGAUAGUUCAUAUAAAUCUUUAUCCAUAAAUCUAUCCCCUAUAGGUUUGGCAAUAGUGGGUUUAUUCACUAAGUAGAUGGGGUGAGCUGACAACUGAAAUGGAAAAUGUCAGGCUAAAUUACCUGAGUUUGAAAACAAAUAUCCCUUUUGGAUAAUUUGUAGAUUUAUACCAAAGUGUCUAAUUUUGGCCCGAAAUUUUGUUGUCAAUUCACACAAAAUGCUCUUAAGUGAACAUAAAUAACAUCUCGGACUUAAAAAAAAAAAAAAUACAAACCUCGAAAAAAGUAAAUGCCAUGUUGGUAGUGUCAUUAACUUGCUUAGUUCUGUAUACAUGAAAGGUGAAACAUACAUAAAAAUAUAAGUUUUGAAAACAUUUAUUAAAUCUAUUAUCUACAUACCAUAACAUACAGGUGCACAGGUGCAUAGCUCAAUAGGAUGAAGAGGCACACCUCUAUGUAAUAUUUUCUAUAAAAUUGAUUGUUUUACCUUAGCUUUACCUCUCUUGAGGAAAAUGUUUAAGUUGUUGUUUUCAAUCAUGUGAAACUACCUUGACAUCAAAAGUGAUACUGUAUUGAUAACCUGAUCACUCACUAUGCUCUGUCCACCUGUGUAAUCUAAUGCCCAAUAGUUUACAGAUCGCCUGGGAAGCAAUCACAGGCAGGCCAUGUAACAAUUUAAGUAUAAAAGCUAUACUAUAAAAUGAAUGUAGCACCCCGUAUUCCACACAUUAUUUAAUCUGCUUUAUAAUUUGUCAAGUGCUUUAAACAAUGGGAGGAUUAGGAAUGUAUUAAAAUCAAUUUUGAAGCAGAGUUAUAAAAGUGGAGCAAUCACCAAAGAAACCAAUGGAAUGUUCAUGCUAGUUAUUCCACAUCUAUAACUUUGCCCCAAAAUGAGUUGUGUUAAUAACCCUAAUUGUAUGAUCUCUGUGGGUCAGUUUUCCAAAUAGAAGAAAUAGGAAACCUUUGGCACUUUUGAUUAAUACCAUAUUGUUCAUUCUUUGUGACAAGUAUCAUAUUACUUGCCCAGCCUGCGUCCACGCAAUAAAGUCCAUCACUCUCAGCCAGGACAAAACCCAUGCUGCUUGACUAGUGCAACAACUGCUGCAGAGCUGUAGUGCAACCAAUCUGCAUUUGAAUUUAGUAUUUUUUGUCUUUCAAAACCAGGGGGAAAAAAGCAAAUAUUCAAUUUCAUAAACAAAAAUUUCUUCUAAUCUGUUUUCAGUAUUUCUGUCUCAUUUUUCAUUCAGACUUUAUUUUAAAUUGGUUCUGAAUUACCUGACGUAAGAUAUCAGCUCACAAAAAAAACAACAGAAAAACAGUUUGCUGUGAUAAGCGGAUGGAAAAAAAAUAUAAUUUUAAAUUGAUUCUUUUUUUAGGACACUCGAGCCUUGAGGUUUUGUCAAGAGAGUUCAUCUGCCGCUGAAUUUUAUCUGUAAACCUAAAGUUAAGGAGAUGAUGUCAUAACCCUUUUGAAUAUAGUGCAGCCUAUAGUAUAGUGUGUGUGGUGUGGCAAUUUUUUUUUAGAGGGGUUAAGUCACAUUAAAACAGGAAGACAAGCUUAUGACAAGCAGUCGGCUGUUGGUGGGAUUAGGUAUAUAUGUUAUGUGUGUGUAUGUUUGCUACUUUACUUUAGAUAUUUACAGUAAAUGUUAUUUAUAUUUUGGUUUAAACAUGGCCUUUAUCCCUUUUUUGCUGUGAUUCUUAUAAUGUAAGCCUUUAGUGUUUUACUUUAUAUAUUGUAAGUGUUUAAAACCAUCUUAAUUUUAUUUUCUGGGAUUCGCCAAAAGAGAUGUAACUUUCCAAACAGUCAAUUUUUAACACCCUCUACAUCGCUGGUAUAUUUAUUUUCCCCGAGAAAAGUUUUUUGAAGUCAAAUUUACUUUCAGAAUGAUAAAAACCUUAUUGCAACUUUCUGUUUUUUUUUAAAAUUUUUUUUAGAUAUUUAUAUUGAAAUAAAGUACAGUUUUAAUACCUAGUACUCUUUAAUUUCAGUUUCUGCCUUAAUAUCAUACGGUAUUCAUUUGAUGGAGAUGAGCAAAAGCAGUACUUAUGAGAGGGAGCGUCAGUUUUCAAAAAGCUUUAUUCAGACAGACACCCCUGGAGCCCUUCACCAUAAAAAAAUAAAAGGAUGGAUCUCUGCAGGCGGCCCAGAAAUAUGUACAGAACAGACCAAGCAACAAAAAAAUGUAAAUAGUGUGAUACUGAUUUACACAUUUUUUUUUACCUCAUGGGGAUUGAUGUCAAUUUUUGAAGAUGUCCUAUUUUUGUAUUUCAGCACUGCAAUUUGACUAUGGAAACGGAGAGGCCUGAUGGAUAUGUAACUAGUAAGUGUUCAUUUAUUUCUUUGUUUAAUAUAUUUUCACCUGUGCCUCCCAUCCUGCCCCACCCACCCCUUUUUUUAAUUAUUAUUAUUAUUGCACGACAGAGGUUUGGCGCCAGCUUGCGAAAAAAGUUAAAUAGUUUAAAUGAUCUAACACUAAAGUGUCCUAUGUAACUAGCAGAGUUAGUUAGGUAAAUUGCAAGGUCAAUAUUCAUUUAAAAAAAAAUUGUGCAAUUUUGCAAGGCAUUUUGAUGCAUCUAACAUAUCUUCACUGCAAUCUUAACAAUAUCUAUGCCACCAUUCCUUUCUAUGAAUGCUACUUUAAGCUAGUGCAGAGUGUAAGCUUUUAUGAUCACAGUUCAUGUUUUCUUAAUUUUCUGUCUUAUUUGUUGUUUUGCUUUGGGCAUGUGUUGAUAAGUCGCAAACAAAGUAAUAAAACGUUAUAUAACCGAGAUUAGGUAGAUUUCCAUUUUGUAUUGCCAAACUAUGCUCAGUGAAAAACAUACACAAAAUAAGUUCUUUUUGGCCAAUGUAUGGAAAACAUAAGUGGUGUGCAUGUUGCCUGCUAACGAUAAUGUGCUCUAUGUAUUUUAAACUGUACAGACUUUACUAGUGUAGUUUAUCACUGCAUUUGUUGAGUGUGUUUAACUCAUGUACAGAUAAACAUAAUGCACCGGAUUCAUUACCUGUGGAUUUUCUCUAUAUAUAUCCUGAAUUAUUUUGCUACUUUUGCAGUUUAUAAAUUGAUUAUGAUUUCUCAUAAUUAAAAAAAAAAAAAAAAAAAUGACAUCUCCAUAUUGCGUGUGUGUGUUUUAGAGGUCAUAUCAGCAUUAUAAGAGUUUAAGUGAUUUUGGCAAUUUAAAAGAAAUGUAUUAAUUUUUGAGCUGUAAGUCCAAUUUAGGCAUCUACCCAUAUGUUGAGUUCUGACCUGUUCUCUGCCAUCUUUAGCUUCCUACUGUCCUGUUUUGUCGGUCUCCCGCCUCUUUAUACUUAACACUGGUGAAUAUUUUGCAGGUGAUUCACACCUCAGAAUUCACCUGUGGGGAUUCUCAGUUGCUCUACUUUGCAUUUGACAACAUACAUAUAUGACUUUGAAUGCUAUAAUCUUGUUUUUCUGCCUAUUGUUUGACUAACUGAGCUUAGCGUUUCCUGGUUGUUCAAGCCAUUUCAUGAAUAAGACUAAUUUCUAACUUAGGCAACCACCCCAACAACACAUAUACAUGUGUAGAAUAUCUUUUUUAAAAGCGUCCAUUGUUUAAUGAACCAACAAUUUUAUAUUUCAUGCUUAUUCAGCACGGUUGACCAUACAUUAUGUCCAACUCAAUCCAUUAUCCCGAUCACUGCACACCUUAAUAUUAAUGCAUUCACUAGAUGCCUGAUUAGUGGUCUAUCGCUAUUGCUUUUGUGGGUUGUUUAAUAUUUAAAUGGACACUCUAGGUAUACCAUGAGGUUCUUAUUUUGUUGAUCUAUUAGGUUAGUGUUUAAGUCCUUUUAUCAGAAUCUCUAGUGCCAACAUAGGUGACCAAACUAUUGAUCUAUUUUGCUGUUGAAAAAAUGAAUUCCAUGUUAUGCUUGCAUUAUCUGCGAGUCUGUAUAUUCUUAUACAGACACAGAAUUGUGGAUAUACAGAAGUACAUCAAGAAGGCUUUCAUAAAUUACGUCUACAGGGUUACUUAUUAAUCCAGGAAUUGACUAUAGAAUUGGAUGUUUUAGGCCAAAAUAAAGCUGUCAUCCCAAUAGCUAUUUCGGCCUAAAUAUUGCUACACUCUGUCAGUUUAGUGUGUAACGCUACUUAAUAUUACGUGAACUUAACUAGCAAACAAAUAUGUUAUUAAAAAAAGAAAAAGAAAGAAUAGCACCAUUUACUGAAUUAGUCCAUCUUCCCAUAACCUUAGAUGUCUACCAAAUGAGUUACCCCAAUACUGCCUUUCCAUUUAUCGAAGUACAGUUCAUUGUUAAAACUAAUUUCAGUGUUUACUAGUUACCUUCCAUGAGGGCAACUAGCAUUAAGAGGUAAGAAGUUGCCCUCUUUGACAUAGUUCUCUUUCUUUGCUGUUUUGCAUGGCUGCCAAUUUAUCAAAGUAAAGGCUGAUUUUGAAAUAAUUAGUUCCUAUCAAUAUUCUUUAUUAAAAAAAAUAAUAAUAUAGAAACUUACUAUAUCUAGCUAUUUGUUAGAUGAUUAAAACGUUAGAUUAACAGAUGCAUUUCCAAUAUUACCUAAGAAAAAUUAUAUACUUUUAGUAAAUAUAUGUUUAGCAAAAAUGUUUGUCUUUAUCUUUUUUUUCUCUUUGGAUCCUUGACAAAUAUGUGUUUUUUGGUCUUUAAAAGUCUCCUUUAGAUAAUAACUCUUACCAGAGAGGAGUCAUAAAACUCCUAAGGAGAGGAAUGCCCUUCUAGCUGGGAAUUGCAUCCACAGGAAAGAACAUGUUAAGACUAUGGGAGAAAACAUUUUCUAAAAAGGAGAGGGAUCUUAUUGCAGAUAUGAUAUUCCUUUUUUUGGGGAGGGUUGCGGGCUGCCACGCCAGCUCUUUGAUGUGUCACUUUUCUGGGGAAACAUUUAAUGAAAUCUUUUCACGCACCUUACUAAAGAUUUGAUCAUAUCCAUAAAGAUUGUAUUCCAUAAAUACAGAUGGAUUGACUUAGGAAUGUAUUUACUAAAUAGUAAGUUGAGAUAAAUUGACAAUGAAUUAAAAAUAUUUUCAUAUAGGCUAUAUUGGCCUAGUAUUUGCAUUGCUCAGUCAGGCUGGAGAGAUUUUGCUCUACAGUCGGUUGUAAACUCACUGUGUAAUGAAUUGAUUCCACAAUCUUUAACUGAACCAAUUUAUCACUUUAACCCCUUAAGGACACAUGACAUGUGUGACAUGUCAUGAUUCCCUUUUAUUCCAGAAGUUUGGUCCUUAAGGGGUUAAAGGCUGACAUUGGCACUAUUAAUUCCUUUCAACAUUUUUACAUUUUUGGAUUAAUAUAAAAGACGCUCUUCUAAUAAAGAAGAGAAAAAGUGCUACAUAUAAUUCAGGGAGCAGACAUCUAAAAACAAACAAACAAAAAUAUAUAUCUCAUAAACAGAUGGUGCAUGCAAUUAUGGAAGAACAGAAUGAAUGCGGGUUUUCAAGGAAUAUACUAUAUAUAUAUAUAUAUAUAUAUAUAUAUAUAUAUAUAUAUCAAUUCUAUAAUAGCUGGCAUUCAGUAUAAUAUUAAAAUGGUUUGAUUGAAAUUCUAAGAGUAAUCAUUAGAAAAAGCUAACUAGGGACUGUCUCUGAAAAUCCAGGUCAGCUGGCACGUAUGUAUUUGAUUAGGAAAGCAUGAAAUAAAUGUCAUAAACAUCAUUAUGUUAUCGCAGCACAUAUUAACUUGGCGUUGAAUGCUUUAUCUAAUAUGAGUCUUCAGGACACUCCAGCAGGCGUGGGGUUAAAUGAGCAAUAUUUUAAAACAUUUUCGAACGUCCCCGUGGCUUUUCCUUAUGCAUUGACUUUCAAAGCUCCGGGAGGCACAAAUCUGGCCUCUUCAGUUCUGCAUUCCAGCCGUUUGCUAGGCUCUUGCCCACAGGCAGAAGAAAACUAAUCUUUUUUUUUUUUUCUUUUUUUUUUUCUUUAAAAAAAAAUAAAAAAUACAGGUGAUAAUGAGAUUGUGCCCGAGAGGGAACACUCCAACAUGGCCAUAGACCUGACCUCCUGCACCCCUAACGGGCAGCAUUCGUCCCCUACGCACAUGGCAAGCAGUAAGUCGCCUUCAUUCCUUUUCCAUUUACAUUGUUACAGCAUCUCUUAUUUCUCUCAUAUACCCAGUCACUGACUAUCUGCCAGACUCAGGCAGGUCAGGAAUUAUUCAGUGACAAGACUUUUUCACUUUGUUUUACUUUUCACCAUUUUUAAACUUUGCUUCUUGGAAUUGCAAAUGUCCACGCUCCUUCUUUUUAUCGGAGUCAAUUAUUGUGGACACAUGGAGUAAACUGUAUUUUUUUUUUGUAUAGUGUCUUGAAUAUAAAAUAUGUCUCACGCAAAGCUACAUUCUCCUAAAAUGCCAAUAUAACUAAUUGAGCCUUGUGUUUAUCUGCAGCGACUGUUUGUGUUUUGUUUUGUGUGUUUGUUGAUUUAAAAUUUUUUUUUUAUUGCUUGUGUUUAUUUAUAUAGAUCGUGUUGAUUAAACACGGUAAACAUUGUUAUGCAUGCAUUUGAAUUAUCCUCCAACAAGUUGUCAAUUUAAGAGUAUCAGCAUAUAAUUAUAAUAUUACUGACAGUUGUUUAUGAAUUUAAAUAAUCGUCAGAAAUGUUGGUUUUUUACACUGUCAUAAACUUUGUUACUAUGACCCUGAAAAUGUUUAACAUUUAUAGAAACUGUGGGAUGAGACUUGUGUUAGACUGGAGCUAGAGCAGUCUAUGUGGUUUAUUAUAGUGGAUUUUUCUCUUGGGAUGAAGUUUCAGCUGGGGUGUCAUCUGCAGAAUCACACUGUCAACACAACUUGUUCAUCUUCUAACACAUGUCAUGUGACUAGUUUAUAUUAAAUUAACAAUUCUGGGACAUUUAGGGCCAUACAAAAUACCAACAGUCUCCAUGUAGAAUAAUAAUAGUUACUGAGACUGUAAUUCCUAAACCCAUUCUCGCGUACUUGCAAUGGUUCAGGACAUAGGCAUUUUAUAAAUUCUAUUCCACAGCGCAUAUUGAUGAACCCUAUGCUGUCCACCACUGGUAUCAUCUAUGCCAAAUGUUUCCAAUAAGUCAUGCCUUGGCUAGCGACAGGCAAAUUGAAAGUUAUGAAAGAUGUAGUUAAUUAAGAUUAGGUAAGGCCAUACUUCCUACAAAGACUUGAUCUCUGUAGUGAAUGCAGAGUGUGUGUUUGUGUAGUAGAUGCAAUGCAUGUGUAUGUGUAGUGAAUGCAGAGUGUGUGUUUGUGUAGUUGAUGCAGUGUGUGAUUGUGUAUUGAAUACAGAUUGUGUUUGUGUAGGGGAUGUAAUGUGUGUUUGUGUAGUGGUGUUGGAUAGAUGCGGGGGGGGGUGAGGGUAGUUGUUUAAAAUGUAUUAAAUAGUUUAUUCUCCCCCUCCUUGCCUUUUACCUGUGGCUAAGGAGAGAGGGCACUAGUUUCCUUGGUGGUCCAGUGGCACAGCAGCUUUUAGAGUGAAGAGGGGCCCAGGAGUCAUAUCAUCCUGCGGCAAUGCUCUGACAGCCGCGGAUCGCAAGUGCACACUGUCAGUUAGGGAGCUUGGUGUCUCCUGGGCCCUCUCUUCAUUAUACUACUACGCGCAGGGUCUGCGUGUGUAUGUGUAUGUGUGUGUGUAUGUAUAUAUAUAUAUAUAUAUAUAUAUAUAUAUAUGUAUAUGUGUGUAGACCAGGCCUCAUACAGCUGUACUGGUUGUUUGUUUUAGGAAUUUUAUUGCAGAUCGUGUAUGAAAGAUGUAAAAGUGUGCUAUUUUAGAUCACUCUGUUGCUGUAUUGUUUCCUGCCAACCUUGGUCUGUUAUUUGUAGAAUGUGAAGAUACAAGGUGAUUUGUGCCCCAUCUUUAUAUAAACUAUACAUGUACAAAUAAAAAAAAUAAUGAUAUGCAUCAGAAAGUGUAUAAAUUUGUAUACAUAACCCCCAUUCUCUGGUGAAAGUAUGUUGUUGUUUUUCUAACAUUUCAUUUAAAUUUACCAUACUUUGACAUCCAAUGUCAUUAUAAAACCAUACUGAUUUACUUACACCUGCCAUAUUUUGUAAUUUCUAAUGCUAGGGUUUACUUCUUGUCAUAUCAGCCAGAGUCAAAAAGAAUAUAUCAUAAGAAUAUAUGAAAUAAUAAUGAUUUCGUAUUCUGUGUUAAGUAUGAUUUAAAUAUUCAUUGCUCCAUUAGAGUUUGGCCAAGCAAUUAUUUCCGUGUGACUUAAAUACAUAGAUUGAAAGAGCACUGGAUAAUUAUUUUUACAGCAGCAUAGCAGUUCUAUUGAUGACUACACUUGUCUGGAAAGAUUUUAUUUUACAGUUUUACAUUGUUUCACGUUUUUUCGAAUUCUAAUAAAGCCCCACAGAGUUUUGACACUGAGGUAAAUGUUCCAGGACAAGCAGGAAAAAAUGAUCCCCAAUCUUAAAAACACUCAUAAGUGGUCUAAUGGUAUUGCACUCAUAAUUCUCAGGCAACUGGCUUAGAGCCAGGAAGUCCAAAAGUUAGAUCCCCAGCUGUUGAAAAACCGUGGUAAUUCCAUGAUUCUUUGCCAACCUUAAAGCUAACAAACAUGUCUUAAAACUGCCAAAGCAUCAUUAGAGUUGCAGUUCUAUCAUACCUUGGGAUCUGCCUUCCAAGCAUACCAGUAGCACUUAGUCUAGAUAAGGACUGAAAUUCCUGUUUAUGAAGAUAAGUAUUAUUGUUCACUGUUUAGUAAAUAACCCCCCUUUUAUUUAAACAGGCAGACUUUGUGCCAGGGACAAUGUUCGCUGCAUAUUGUUCAGGCAGGUAGUGAUUACUUUAUAAAUCGUUAUUCUAUGUAGUAGUGUUGUAGGAGAGCUGUGUUUGCAGAAUAAAUGUUAGAGACAGACAUUUAUAAGCUGAAGACAGCAAUGGGUACUCUGCUUAAACAAACAUGGCCAAUUAUACAUCACUCCCAGGAGAACUGAACACCUCCUCCUCUUUGUUGAAAAAGCGGUGUUAAGUUCUCUUGGGAUCUUAGCAUUAGAUAACAGACUUGGGCAAUUCCAACACAGGAAGAUGCUGUAUGCUGCUGGCAUGCUGUUAGCUCUGCACAUUAGUCAUGUUAAUCCUUUAUCCUCAAACAGACAGUUUUAUGAGAUGAGUUCUUCAUUUACAAACCUCAGAAUAAACUUUUGACUGGUGCUCACAUCAGUAUCCAUGAUGUAUCAAAUAUGAUAGAACUCUGGAUUAAAGCUUUAGCUGUGAGUGGAGAUCUCCAAUAUACUGACAAACUUUUCUGGAUGCUUAUUCUGUGUAUUACUAUUCCUAGCAAUAUAGGUGAUCUUUUACAGGAGUAUGCUGCAUCACUAUAAGAGGAAGAUAGGUUCUGAAAGUUCACUUGUACUGUAGAUAUGAAUGCACUAUUAUUGAAAAUCACAGGGUUCUUUUUCAAUGAAAAUCAUCAAAUUAGAAAGAGAGGACAUGACAUCUCUUUACCUGUAAUCAGAUCAGGUAAUUGUCAAUACUGGGGAAAAAUAGAUUGAUGAUUUAUUUACUAAUUGAUGGGAUCUGGAAUGCUAAAUGUUCUAUUUUAUUGUGUUCCAGCAUUUUUGUUUUUCUAUAAAUUGUGCUAACCAAAUGUUGUUGUUGUUGCUGUUAUUAUUUAUGAUAUGAAAAGCUCCAAAGCAUAUGUGAAUAUAAUCACAUUGUCUUACAUUGUCCCAAUACUUUUUCACUUUACAGCAGACAAUUUAUUUUUCCUUACUGGAUUUUCUGGUCACUGAGAAUGAUUUAAUUCCAAAUAUAUUGUGAUUGGUUGAAAGAGUACAAUAGCCAAUAGGAAUGUAGUAUUUAAUUUUAAUUUGGUCAUAUCUUUUUUUCUUUUUCUUUCCAUGUCUAUUCCUGUAGACUUUCAAUAAAAUACACAGUUUGCUGUGGUAGUAAAAUAAAUAACAAGUGUAUCCUAUCAUUUUUUUUUGUUUGUUUACUUAAUUUUAAAUAUUAUCUUUUAAACCAUUUAUAGCCAGGUGUUAUGUAGAGUUUCGCUUUUCAAUGUGCUUAUAGAGCUUUAACCAAAAGACUUGCAAAGAAAUGACAACUGAACGGCAAAGUUUAGGCCUACAUAGUCAACUGCGAAACAUUUCCCAGUUCAUCUACUUUUCCCAUGUAGAAUUUGGCCUAAAAUAUAAAAAUGAAACUCCAUUCAUCCAACUUAAUAUUUUGUGAAUAAGAUUCCUGGUGUAAACACUAAAAUGAAGAAAAUAUAUAUUUUUCUCUCGCAAAACAUAAAUAUUUAAAUAGAAUUAAAAUUAGGCAAAAUUUAUUGUUUUCGUACCAAAUUUAUAUAUUUGAAUAUAUUAAUAUUUCUUGCUGAAAUUCUAUCCUAAAUUUAGUUGGUCUCUAAUGUAUAGUGAAAAAGUGGAAUAUUGCUGAUAUGAUCAGAUACCGAUUAUACGAUUUAGCACUAGCUGUGCAGUUCUUCCUAAUCAGCUAAAACUAUGCUUACUGUGACCUACCAUAAUUAAUACUUGUCUUAUAUUGUCACCUGGGAUACUGGCUCUUAAACCGUUUUUGCUGGGGGUCAUGUUGUCCUUUGCACUACUGGAGCCUUCUGUUUUAAAGUUCACCUUUCUAAUUAUACAAUAGAGAGAUAGCAUCUUCCCUGCUCUCGGCUAGUUUGCUUUUAGUGUGUGUUUAUGGUAUCCAGGUCCCUUUCGCUUCCCUGUAGACGCCAUUCACAGACAAAUCCAUACACAAUAGCAGAUUAGACGGGAUCGAACCAAGCUAUGUAGAAAGGACCCACCUAGCAGGAUUGUCUCAAUGUCAAACAGUCACAAAAGUAAGUUGAAAAACAAGCUUGGAAGUGAUUAAAUGGGACAACAGCAAAGAUGUGGUCAUGCUGCAUAUUUUUAUAUGUGCGGCCAUAAGCCAAAGACAAAUAUUGCAUGAGAGGAGUUACUUCAAACACUAACUAAGGCAAAGUUUUAACUUUACCUGCAUUCUAAAUGUUGCCCUUUUCAGUAGAGUUUACUGGUUUUUAGUACAUCCCAUUAAUGUAGAAACUGCAUAAAGCUUUCCAUCUAAAUGGAUGCCAGUAAUGGUUUAAAACAGUCAUGGUUAACUUUGGCAACCCCAGAUCUUUAUGAACUGCAAUUCUCAUGAUGCUAAGCCAGCUUCUAGCAUGGCUGAGCAUUGUGCGAAAUGUAGUUGUAAAAACCAUCUGGAAUUCCAAGGUCAAUCAUCAUUGCUUUUAGCAAGCUGCAAUAUCUCACUCCAUACUAUAUUAUCUACUCUCUGCUCCAUUAUAUAUUACAUUAUGUGCAUUAUAUAUUUCAAAUUGAAGUAAUUAUGUAUGUGUGUAGCAAACAUUUUUUAAUAUGUAGUGUAUCUUUUACAAUUAAAGUGUUAUAUAGAAAUCAAAAGUGGAAAGUAAAAUGGAAUUGCAACACAUGAUAGAUGUGAUAAAGAUGUAAGAUUAUUGACAAAUAAUAUGUCAGGUUACAGAAUAUCACAAGGAUAAAUGAGUCCAAGAAAAGGAAAAUCCUUAACCUUGUGUGAAGAGAAAGAAACAAUAAGUGGGAAGGUAAUGAUGGGAGAGAGGAUGGGACAAAAAACUAAAUUAUAGGAGAUGAUAGUAGAGCUUGAACACAAGAGGUUCAGCUCUUAAAGCAGAAGCAGGACAUGCAUGUCCCCUGUCUGUCUGGGAUUGAAGAAACACUAUAGCAUUCAAAAUACAAAUACAUCUUCCUAACGCUAGGGCCCCCGUUCCGCAGCGAAUAAAUGGUUAACCAUUAAUUUUCUUACCUUAAUCCAGUGCCGGGUUCCCUCGGCACUGGUGACCCAUGACCUCUCCUCCAUCGACGUCAGCUCCUGAGUGGAGCCGAAUGUGCAUGCGCGACUAGAGGCGCGCACGCGCAUUCAAACCUGCCCAUAGGAAAGCUUUACUCAAUGCUUUGCUAUGGGGAUCUUUUUCGAUGCUGCACUCCGUGAGGACGUCCAGCGUCAAAUAAGUGCGAUUUACUCAGUGUAAAUUAUGGAAGCGGCCUCUAGUGGCUGUCAGGCAAACAGCCAUUAGAUGCUGGGUUAAACCCUGCAGUGUAAACAUAGCAGUUUUUCGGAAACUGCUAUGUUUUCAGCUGCAAGGUUAAAACUAGGGAGACCUGGCACCCAGACCACUUAAUUUAACUGAAGUGGUCUAGGUGACUAUAGUGGUCCUUUAAUGGGUGUUGUAAUCCCGGAAGGAAGCUGCUAUAUAUUAAUAUAAAUAUUUAAGAAAGUGCAGAGAUGUGAAGACAAUAAUGACCUUUGGAUUAUUCUGUAUGUUCAUAUGUUAAGAAUAAUUAUUAUAAAAUCUAAACACAUAAAUCAAAAUUAAAUCAAAUUACAUACUCUGUAGUGUUCCAUGCAGUUAUUUUUAAUUCUUAAACUGAAAUAAGGUACAGAGUAUCACAACUAUUUUGUUCGAUAUAAAAAGUACAUUCUGGGUCAUCAUGAAACUUUAACUCGUAUGACUCUCAUUCAUCGAUAAGUUUAGCCAUGAUCUAAAACACUAUAUAGUGCUUGGCUUUCACCUCUUUCUGUCAAGUAAUCCAGAAACACAUUGCUGUGUUUGACUGUUUACGUAAAGAGUGAAAAGAUUUACAGAGGUAAUUCAUUAACUGUCACCCAUCUUAGUAGAAGAAGCCGUUAAAGGGACACUCUAAGCACCAAAACCACUUUAUCUCAAAGUAAUGGAUUUGGUACAUAGGCAUUGUCCCUUUUUUUCUGACAAUGUAAGACAUAUCCUUUUGUGAUAAACAGUGACAUUUGCAAGAGAACAUGCCUUUAGUGGCUGUCAGAGAGAAAGCUUUUAGAAGCACUUUCUUAAGACAUUAAAAAAUCGAAGGUCUUCACGUUCUAUCAUCCACAGGAAACAUAAACAGACACCACUAAUAGUUCACACAGAGAAGCACUGGAUUCAGUGCAUAGGAUUGACAAAGUGUGUGACACAUUCACUUUGUGUAUCUAAUGUUUUGGAUUGGACAUUUAAUGUGUUAUCAUGGCUUCACACCUUUGCCCAAAGAGCAUAAGUGUCUGUAACGCAAUUUAACACAAAGUUCUGUGUAACUUGUUACCUGCUCAGAUUCACCUGGGAGAUUAAUUCAGGUUCAACAAGGUUAAACAUCUGAGUCCAGUCUCCACUCAAGGGGUUAACAUGGCACUUAAAUUCCAAAGCAGAAGUCUAGUGUAGUUAUUUAAAGUGACACAAGUUGUAAUAAUGUUUGGAUAUUUCUCAUGUCAAGUUUGUUAGAUCAGUAUUGUCUAUUUUUUUUUGAAAGAUAGUAUUUUACCCAAAGGAUAGAUUUCAGAUGUGACUGGUGCCACCAAAAGGGUUUUUAAUUUUUUUUUACCACUCUGUGCUGUUAGACCAUGGAGGCGAAAGAGUGAUUUGGCAGGAUGCAGUCUCUAAAGUGUAGAAGUAGUUUUGCCUCCUCCUUACAGUUACAGAAACUGCUAUUGUGAGUCAAUAUGUUUUAAAGCUUUAUUACGUCUGGGUUCCAUAGAGUAUUGCCCGCCUGUAGUAGACUGGAAAUUAUCGACAUGUGGAAGGUGAGAAAUUGUGAUAUUUUACUUUCAAAAGCCUUUUUGAAAUGGGGAGUUGCGAUUGUGCUUACUUUGAUAAACCGGAGUUUUUAAAAAUAUCAACAGGCUUAUUUACUAAAGUGAGAAUUGUCUGGAAUUCAAAGAGAAUUAAAAGUAAUUUAACUGAGCUGAAAGCAUAUCUGAAUUAGAGAUUUCCAAUUCGGCUAAUUUGGUCUAAAAUGUGAAAUUAAAUUUUAAAUCAAUUGAAUUACCAACAAUUCUGACUUUAGUAAAUAUCUCUACCAAAAAUAAAGUAACAAAAAAGUUGCCUAAACAUAAUUAUGGUGGAACUGUAAUAGUUAGCUUGGGUACUCCAGCCAUAAUACAUGUUUGGAAAUCUCCAUUAUUUCUUAUAAUACACAAAAUAUGUAACAAUCCAUUUUUCAAAAGAAUAUUUGUAUAAUAAUAAAUACAAGUGGGAAGAGAAAAAACAAAAAAUAAAAUGAACUUUUAAUUUUCAACCAUGGAACUAAAUUUAGAUUAGCCCACUAAAGUAGGAGGCAUUAGAUAGAAGAAAAAGUAUGUCAUAUGUCAGCCUUAUUGUACAAAAAUGGAGAGAUAAGCCAAGAAUCCCAGGGUAUGUAGAAAUUGUCAGGAAUAUAAUAAAGUGGGUGUGCAAUUCUAUCCAGAGCAACAGUACCGAGUUAUUUAAGUGGAACAUUUGUUGUCAUCGAACUGUGGUGUGUAUUCCAUUGGUAUCUUUGCUUUGUAAGGAUAUAGGGAAAUAUUCAUCUGUUUCUGUUAUAGUUGUGAGCUUUUUAGCAGCUGGAAUGAUGAAGGCCAAAGGCCAGAAAAUGGAUAGGCUGGCCAAGGGCAUUAAUACAAAGAUGUCACAUCUGGGACCAAAAGGACUGGGCACACCAUAAAGUAUGCACACAGAAGACCUGUCCCAACGCCCUUUUAGCAUUAAUCAUCAGAGGCUUUGUCCAUCGUUUGUUAACAGACAGGUGUCAGGUAGCAUUGUAGCCUAGUCUAUAAUGCCUUAAACUGAAUUCUGAGAGAAAUCCUUGAAAAUGGUCUUCCAUUCAGUUUAUUCACAUACAGGUCCUCCUUCCGUGUCAUAUAUUGUAAUUUGGAAAGUAUGCUAGAAAAUAAGAAUAUGCAAUAAAAUGUGUGAAGUCGGACCUUUUUAACCACUGUAAAUAGGAGCACUCAUAUUUUAUAUAGUAAAUACAUGGGCAAUAUUUUUGAAAUAUUGUUGCACUUACAAUAUAUAUGCACACGUCGCUCUAUAUGUUUUAGUACUUGUGUUAUACUCUUUUCAAAGAAUCCGUAAUCAUGUUUAAAGCCAUCUCUGUCUUUAAUCCUUUUUUAUUAUCUAUAAUAAUGUUCUGUAUUUUUUCUGAGUGUUCUCAGUAGAUUUAGCUAUUUUUAGAAGAUAUUUUUUGCUCAUUAAGUCCUCUGUUCUGUAUAGUGCUGCAGAGCUCAAGGCACACUAAAUGGUGUGUUUAUGGAAAUUAUCAAACGGAUUGGCGUUUACAAAGUUACACUAUUGAUGUCAGUAGUUUCUUUACCCAACCAAGUACUUCCAUGGUCCUUUUUUUAUUUAAUGAGUUUUAUUGGCAUGCUUUUCAAAUACCAUUGAAGGACAGGGAUAUUUUCACAUGAAUAGAACAGGCAGGAAUACAUAAAUCAGACAAAACAUAUAUGUCAUCAAGACCAGCUUGUGGAGGUCAGUAACGAUAUAUCACAUAAAAACCAAAAAUGUUGUUAUACUUUAUUUUUUAUUUUUUAAAGGGGAAUUGCCAUGCUUAUGUUUGUGAUUUGGUGAAUGUAUGUUUCAUACCUAGUACAUGCCAUUGAAGUAUUACCCUGGGUGAGGUGUACAUCAGAGUUGAGUAUGAAUCACCCUUACUUACCACUGCAAUUUCAGCCAAUUGACAUUGCUAUGUUGAUGCUUUUUUAAUUGUGGGGGGCUAGGGGUGUCAGAAGGUAGAUCAUGUUAAGCCAUGUGUAGUCAGGGACUAAACUCAUAGGUUUGUUCACCGAAGUGAGAAUUCAAAGCGAAUUUUAAAUUUAAGGCCAAAAUAGCAUAGAUGGAAACAUAGAUUAACUUUUAUUAUUUCAGCUAAUUUGGCCUUAAAUAUUUAAGUCACUGUGAAUUCUUACGUUAGUAAAUAACCCUGUCGGUCCAUCAUGGAACAUUCUAAUUUAGCAUUGGAUGACACACUCUGCUGUAGGGCUGUACAUUUAUUGCAAGUCCAUAUAAAUUCAAAACUGAACUUUUUUUCCCAGUAAAAGCAACUUUUAGCUGUCUGAUAGUAUGUGCCUUUAUCUCUAAAGAAAAAGCUAUUCACUAAAUUGAUUUUCCAUGCAAACUUCUAUUUAAGUUAAAGUUAAAAGCUAACGUUAAAAUGCCUUCUCUUUAAAGCUAGUCUUCUAACAUUUUCUGUUGUAAAAUGGGGGAGUGGGUCGCCAUACAUCUCAGGACAAUUUGAGAUUUUUAGGAUUUCUUUUUCGUUUCUGCUGUUGUGGUAAAAAUGUUGCACGCCAGUUUUCCAACUAUCACUGUUUAGUGAAUAGACCCCUUUGUUUCAUUUUGUCAACACGGUUAUUGUAAUAUAAAACUGCCACUCUGACAUCUCAAUUUUAAAACCUGCAUUUCUGGAUUUUAUUGUCUGCUACCUGGAUUUUAAGGUUACUUAUUUUUAAACAGAAAUCUAUCAAUAAUUCAUUAGACCACUAAGUGCUGUCGAACUACAACAGCUCGGGGUCUGCCUUUUGGAUACCCCUGCAAUAAGUGGUCCAGUUAACUUGUUUUAUCUAAUUGUGUCUAAGGUAGGAUAGCCUUAAAAUUCAGGGGGAAAAACUGAUUUCACAUCAAGAGGAUUAGAACAAAAUAAUCUCUAAUUGUACUUUAUUCCCCGUGCAAAGGCUAGUGAACUUUGACUUGACUUUGUGUCCAGAAAGAAAUCAGUUAACUGCUUUUUGACCUAGAGGGAUAUGGCUUUGUUCAGCUCCCCAGCACUCAAGGGGUUAAUGAAAUCAGGUGUAGCUCAACCUGCUCCAUGUUGCCCUGAGCACAUUGAAACAACGUCCCUAUCAUAUAUCUGGCUUCAUCUCUCCACGACCUUAUGGAUAGUUUCCAGGUUUUCGAAUUUACUUUGGGUGGGGUUUAAGGGAGUGUGGAAUAGUGAAGUGGCCAAAGGGUGAAACCAAACCUCUGAAUGUUCGACACACUCUUUGGGAACCAUACUUUCGCUAUAUCUUCAAAAGUACUCAUGAUAUAUAAGUUGAAGAUACAUUCCAAAGAUUUGUAUUCGUAAAGUACCAAGCACCCAGCCAUGAUGGUAAUCUUGGGGUGCCAAGAUUAGUCAUCAUUGCUUUAGGUUUGAACUUGCGCCUGUCAUGUACUCUGCACUAUUCCUCACAUUUAGCACAACGUUGUAUAAAGUGAAAUAUACUUCUGUAGAUAUUGUAUGUACCCUCUUUGAACAGUCAUUGUCUAGCUGAAGCUUGAUAAACUGUGAACAGGUUAUUAUAGAUCAAAAUAUAAAACUCUAGAACAUCCACAGGCCCCCAACUUGAUUUGUGGGGCUUGUCCUGCUGUCCUGAUUUUGCUUCCUGGUGUCCCACAUCCAGGGACACUAGGGAACUGUCCACAGACAGGACAUCACAAGUGCAUUAUUAGACUCGCUCAUGUUUCAGCAGUGCUUUCUGCAAGGACCUCUAGGUUGGGGUUGUCCAGGUAGGCCCCUUUCAGUAGACAAGCUCACUCCUUGUAUGGGUGGACCUGCCCAUAAUGGGCAUUGGCAGUGGCAUGAUUACAUCACUGGUGAUGCUCCUCUCCGGGCUUGCCUACCCAUCCCGAUCUCAUGCCUCCCAAAGUUAGGUAUGCAUUCAUUCAAAAAUGCCUUAAUAAUCUUAACAUCUGUCUUUCUUAAGUAAUCAUUUUGUUAAAUAUAGCUUCAGAAACUUACUUAUACGGUGUGCAGCCCUUAGUGAUGUCCAUUUUAACCAGGCAGUCAACUUUCUUGGCUAUUCCUUGUGCUAAAUUCAAAGAGAAAAGCGCUGCAUAACCUCCCAACAGGCCUACAUCAGCCUUGUACCUUUAAAAGAACACCUAAAGCACUUUAACCCCUUAAGGACACAUGACGGAAAUAUUCCGUCAUGAUUCCCUUUUAUUUCUGAAGUUGUGUCCUAAAGGGGUUAACUUUGAGUGUUUUUUCCUCUCAUUUUCAAAAGGUGCAGAUUUCAAUAGCUAUUAGCCUUGAUGCACCCCCCUGACUGUAAGUCCAAGAAAGGAUAUUAUUACUUACUGGUAGUUUAGCUCAGUGGAGCUGAACUCAAGAGGCAGGCAAUUAGCCAGUGCAAUUAGACAACCACAGAAAGUCUGAUAUGGGGAAGAAGGGAAGAUCUUGUAAAGGUUGCAGACAAGUGAGUUGCAGCUUUUGCAGGCUGUUAGACCCUCAAUGAAAAAAAAGCUUGGUUUUAUUGGGGGUAUAGCUACUAAAUGAGACUUUUGUAUUUAAAAAAAAAAAUGUUUUAUUUGUGCAGACUGCAGAGGAGUGUUCCUUUAAACCAGUGCAGGACUGGACAUGACCUCUUUGUGUCAGAUUAUUUUUAAUAUUCUAUGGAAUGCAAAGGAAUAGAAUACAACACUAUAUAUAUAUAUAUAUAUAUAUAUAUAUAUAUAUAUAUAUAUAUAUAUAUAUAUAUAUAUACAUAUAUAUGUCCCUAAGUAUGAAUCUAUCUAUCUAUCUAUCUAUCAUUUGUUUGAAUGGAUUGGUGUAUACCUUUGUUUAUCGUGUGUGUGUGUGUGUGUGUGUGUGUGUGUGUGUGUAAAUAUCUAUAUAUAAAUAAAUAAAAGAUGGAGAGGUGGACUCACAGGUCUUCUUCCAAAUGUGAAGUUUAUUCAGUUAUUUCAAAGUUGUCCCAAUGUUUCGACCCCUAAGGGUCUUUCUCAAGGUCCUUGCGAAAGACCCUUAGGGGUCGAAACGUUGGGACAACUUUAAAUAACAGAAUAGACUUCACAUUUGGAAAAAGACCGGUUAGUGCACCUCUCCAUCUUUUAUUUAUAUAUAUAACGGUGUGAGAGAAAGGGUGUGUAUAAAUCUUUGUAGCUUUAUAUAUUUCUAAAACCAAAUGAACACUGUAGAUGUUAUAACAGAAUGGAGUGGCUUCAAUAAGCCUGCGCAAAACGUCUAGGUAGACCACCUUGAUGUAAAGCAUACAUAAGAAUCUUAUAUCUACCAGUAAUAAAAUGUUUCCAAGUCAGCCUUUAAAUUUCCAUUGAUUUAAAGAGCCUAGCUCUGUAUAUUGUGGGAUAAGCAAUACGAUUACAUGUUUAGAAGGGUUUGGGAUAAGCAUCCACAUUUUCUCUGUCAUAUAAGUCAUCACAGUGAGUGAUUUAUUGGAAUCAUAUAUCCAGUGGAUUGUGCAAGCACGCUCAAUCCAGCUUUAUAAUGUUUCAUUUUACUGGAGCUAUUAACCCCUUAGCAUCAUAAGUAUUGAUCAGACUUGUGAUUCACCUAAUGGGGUUAACUUUACCAACAUGCUGACUGCCUGAUCAUAUUGCUUUUGUGUUUGCAGCCGCAGGAGAUCAAUGAGUUAACUCCCAGAACUUGUGUUUGUGUUUCAGUUGAGAUCACACUACCCAUCCCAUCCACCCCAUUCCUUAACAAACCUUUCGCCAGUCCCCUCCGCACCUUCCCAGCUCCUCCAGGUUAUUCUGGCCCCUGGCCAAAACCUGUCAUAUAAAAGUUUUUUUUUCUUUUUCACAGAAAUUCCCUCCCACCUGUAUUUUAUUCCAACAGAACAGGUUUCUGGUCUUUCCACAUAUUCUCUCAAACAAUUCCAAGGUCAUAUCCGGGUGGAUUGGAUUGUACCUGGGUGUUUUGUUUUUCGAAAUGCCUUUUUCUUAUCAGAGCCAAACCUAUGAAAAGUCACAGUACAAAGUACAGUGAGAUCCACGGGUCUUAGGAGGGAGGUCUGGACUAUGAAUUGUGGACCAUCUUGCUACGUACUGACAGACUAGGUGCUAGACAAGCAUAUUUAGGAUCUAAAAUUAUUUACUUAUUUUGGAAAAUAUAACUUUAAUUGUAGUAGUGUUCACUAAGUAGUGAUAUUAAUGCAAAAACAAAAAAAAAUAUUUUUAAACUGAUAACGUGUGCAUAACAGGUAUUGAUAUGAGAUGAAUGCAUCAUCAAAAACGUAUAUUUAAGUUACUUGUAAUCCAGCGUCAGAACAAUUUUCAGAUAUCUGCCCCUCCACGCUUGAUGAAAUCACCCUUACUGGCCAUUGCUGUCUAAUCCUAGGCUUUUUGUAAAGAAGCAUAAAGAUCUAUGGUGCAUGCACAACAAUUGCCAUGCUUCUCAUAGAGGAGAAUUAAAUCCAAUGCUUCUCUAUUAGAAACUUAAAGGGACACGCUGAACCCCUAAAACAUUUCAGCUUGCUCACGUGUCCUCCUUUUUUCAUUUUACAAACUGCAGAUUUUAAUAGAAAUUGGAACUUUUAUAAAGUAACCUUGUUACAUCCCUCUGACAGUCAAUCAGACAACCGGUCCUGUUACUUCCUGGUUGCUUAGCCCAGUGAAGUUUAACUCAAAAGGCAGAAAAUUGCCCAGAGCUCAUGCCUUGCAAACACUUCUCAUUGAGCUGCAUUGGGAAGUCCACAGAAAGUCUGGGCGGGGUUCGAAGGGGUGGGCUUGCUGAGGCAGCAGACAACAAACCUGGAGCUGUUGCAAGUUGUUUUUAGAUAUUUUUUAGAAAAUAAAAAAGCACAAUUAAAUACAUGCAUGUUUUUAUUGGGUAUGUCUACUAAACAGUGGUUUUUAUUUUGUUUUCUUUUUUAUGACAGUGAAUACCUUUGGCAUUUAGCAGCAUUAUGCUGUGCAUGAAUACCUUAUCAUUUUUAAAGGUCUUAAUAAGUAAGUGCCACUAGUUCAGAGAAUCAGUAUCGCCUGAAAUUGUCUGAAAAAGGAAUAGAAUAAGAUAUAGUCGUUUUAGAGUUUGGCUUUAAAUAAAAGCCAAAGUGAGAGGUCGACGGCUAAGAAAUUGUAAACUCUCAAAGUAAACUUUUAGGCCAUCUCAAGGUAUCCUUGUCAAUUCUUUGUAAUACUUAAUUUAGUGACAAAAGAGUAUUUACUGAAGGCUGACAGGACUAUUUACUAUUUACUAUUUACUAAAGUUAGAAUUCCUACUGAAUUUAACCCCUUAAAGGACCACUAUAGUGCCAGGAAAACAUACUCGGUCCCCCUCCCGCCCGGCUCUGGAAAGGGGUUAAAACUUACCUUUUUCCAGCGCUGGGCGGAGAGCUUUCCGCCUCCGAUCCUCCUCCGUUCCUCCUCGUCGGCUGAAUGCGCACGCGCGGCAAGAUCAGCGCGCAUUCAGCUGGUCGCAGAGGAAAGCAUUUACAAUGCUUUCCUAUAGACGCUUGCGUGCUCUCACUGUGAAAAUCACAGUGAGAAUCACGCAAGCGCCUCUAGCGGCUGUCAAUGAGACAGCCACUAGAGGAUUUGGGGGAAGGCUUAACCCAUUCAUAAACAUAGCAGUUUCUCUGAAACUGCUAUGUUUAUAAAAGAAUGGGUUAAGCCUAGCUGGACCUGGCACCCAGACCACUUCAUUAAGCUGAAGUGGUCUAGGUGCCUAGAGUGGUCCUUUAAGGACACAUGACAUGUGUGACAUGUCAUGAUUUCCUUUUAUUUCAGAAGUUUGGUCCUUAAGGGGUUAAAGUGAAUUUCAGAUUUAAGCCCCAGUAGCUGUACAAUACAUAGAGCUGAAUAAGAGAAUGUUUCCAGUUUUACUAUUUUGGCCUUAAAUGUAUAAUUCACUUUGAAUUUUAACCUUCUCACAAGUUCGGACCAAAACAAAAUCUGGAAUUUGAGCUAUAUGUCUGUUCAGUUUACCUCUUUAAUAUUAAAGGCACCCACACUUAUUAUAUAUCAUAUUGGUUAGGAGAAAUAGGGAUUUCAUUUCACAUCAAAUAUUUAUAUUUGAUAUACAUAUAAAAUCUCAAAAUACUGAGAGAGAGAGAGAAAGAGAGAGAGAGAGAGAGGUGUGUGUGUAUAUAUAUAAAUAUUAAGGGAUCUGCCUGACAACCCAGAAAGCCAAUCCAAGUCACCACGGUAUCACCAUGAUCACAGGACUCGGAUUGGCUGCAGGAGUACAGCUUAGAUUGCCAGGCAGUCCCCGCGAUUGGAUCUGGUGAAUUCAGAAUGAUUCUGCAGCGCUGCAUGGUCACAGACGUUAAGACAUGUCGUUAAAGCAAAUGCUGUUCAGGACUUUAUGGCACGUCCUAAUGGCGCAAUUAGGUUAACAAGUUGAAAAAAUAAUUGUAAAACUGUAUUCAAAAUAUUACAUAAUUUGGAAAGCUUAUCCAACAAUAUUAAAUUGAGGCCAUCGUGAGAGAUGAGUAUGUGGGUAAAAGUUUAAUGUAAUAAUCGUAACAUUAAAUUAUUUAUUUAAAGGUCUCCAUUAUAGAUUUCCAUAGUUUUUAGGUAUAUCCUGCAAUAGUGAUAUUAUGUCACAUUUUGUAUGCUGCAUUGCUGGAAAUGACUGAGCUACCGUAAUCUGCAUAAUAUGGCUUUAAUAAAAUAUAUCAAUAAAACAGUUUUAAGGUUUGUUCAGUGCAUUCUGACAACGUGCUAUUGUUUUAGUUCUUUAAAAAAAUUUUUAUCUAGGAUACAAAAUACUAAGAGUACUGUUUUUGUAACACAACCGCUAAAGCAAAUCUGUUUUUUCCAGGAACUCCUCAAAAAGUUUACUGACACAGUUUCUGUAUUUUUGGAAGUGAAAAUUCACUACCUAUAAAGAAAAAAAUAGUGGGCUUUAAAAAUUCUACUUGUACUAUCUUCUCUUGUAGAGAGUAGUACAAACCGGUUUAGGUCCAUGCUGCAUAUUAAAGUGGUACUCUAAGCGCAGUAACUAGUACAGUCUGUUGUAGUAUUUAUGGUGCUAUUUCCCAUUUAUGUCGAUAUAUAAUUUUGAAUGGUUUGGCAGAAUCCAAGGGUCUCCUAGGCACCUAUGGCCUGGCCUCUCAAUAUUCAUAUCGCCAAUUUAGAAGUUUCUCUUUUGCAUUAUCAGUGUCUGUUUUAUCCAAGUUCCACCCUUAACCAUGGGAUGACAUAAACACAAUACAGACACCAUAAGCACUAUGUAGAUUAGUACAGUUAUGGUGCUUUUAGUGCCCCUUUCCUAUUUUGUGCUAGAGUUAAAAUCACCCACUGGCAUCUCAAAUUCAGCUGGUAUUGGUUGGAAGAGUUUUCUAUGCAGCCCUGACAUGUUCAGAUGUAUGCCGAAUUCAGGAUUUUAUUCCACUUUGGGUAGUUUAACUACUUGGGCCUAAAUUGUACAGCAUGGUUGCCAGUAUUCCAUGAGUUACCUUUUAGUAGAUUACUUCAUAUAUUUUCCUACGUAUGUGUUAUGUAAAUGUUUUUAUUUUUUCUCUCUAUACAGCCUUUGCUGGUGCAUAUACAUUAAUUUCCUUAUAUAUUUUGAUAUAUGAGAACAUGUGUUUGUCUCUACAUGUUUGUCUAAGUUUCUAUCUUUAUAAGUUUGUGCAGUAUGCUGUUUCUUCUAAUCCACAUUCAUAUAUCUGACAUCGUUUUGCCUAUGCUUGCCAAACCCAAGCUUUGCUUACAUAAGCUUGCUGUAAAGCGCAUACACUUGGAGGUGACCCAGUGACUGUCCUCACUGCCUUCUCUCCUGUUCCUUGGAGUUACAUAUGUCCCUGGGGCAGCAGAACCCAAAGGACAAUGGCAGAAAGCAGCGUGUGUAUGCAAUUGUUUACUGUGCUGCAGCUGAGCAUCCAAACCCACACGCUCUUUUACUAGCUACAGUGUCAGUCGUGUCACUGGCAAAAUUAUCAUUAACACUCUGAGUGCCAAAUCUAAAACUUCAAGCGGGAAUACAUUUAACUUUUGAAGGGCAAAGGCUUAUUUUCUUCUUCAUUAACCCAUUGACAGUUAUUAAAAAAAACAAGUUUAAAGAUUGUCCAAAAAAACUAUAACCUUUUAUACGUUCUAGAAACGUAGCAGUCGGCAGGAACAUCCCAUUAAUUUCCAUGUUUACUGCUCCACAGCUAGACCUAUGCCCUUGAAUUUAUUUUUUUUACCAAUUUUCUUCUUCACAUAUUGUCUGUAUUACAUAGAAAAGUAAAGAAAAGAGUUACCUGCGCACUACCCCAAAUCGCUAUGCAUAUUUAGACAAAUUGAGGUUUUUUUUGUUUCUCUCCAAUGGCCAUUAGGUGUAAGCCAGUCAAGACAAACCUCUUAGGUGGGUCCUACACUAACAUUCACCUUGCUUCUUCAAGAUAAACAAAAUCUCUAAUGAGACAAGAAGGAGUAUUUUUCUAAACCUCUACAUACUUAUUAACCCUUAAUAGGGAACACAUGGGCUGGACGGCUGCAUUGUAACAUGGCUGUGUGAUACAAAAGCAAAUACAAAUACACAAAAUUAAGUCCUGCACUCAGACUCCCACUACUCUUGGGCGGCACCAGCAACCAUAGUACACAUCAGCCCCAAUAUAUACUAUAACACCCAAAGAAAAGAGUUACCUGCGCACUACCCCAAAUCGCAAUGCAUAUUUAGACAAGUGGAGGUUUUUUGUUUCACUCCAAUGGCCAUUAGGUGUAAGCCCACCUGCCACGUCAAGUAAUAGGAAUAGAAAACUAGAAUAUUGUGUUCUAAAAGAGAAUAUAUCAUUUUAUAGAAAACCUAGUCAAAGGGAGGAGGGGCAAAAAACACAUUUUCUCGAACACUACCUGCUGUGAGAUUCCCAGUUCCAUUUUCCGAGAACUGUUUUUCUUUUCCAGACAUUAUUUAGGAUACGUGAUUUUCCAAAUCACUGCAUUUACAAUACAAUGUACCUAUAGCCCUGAUAAGUUUAUAGAAUUAUACGUACAUACUGCAGAAAAUUAACUUAGUAUACAAGGAAAAGCAGCCAUCGUAAAGGAACAGAAAGGCCUGGCAAUGGCAUUUUUAUUUAAUGGAUGCAUGGACCAAAUUUAUGUAGAUUAUCCCAAGAGAACUGUGUCCAGCAAUGGCGUCUUACAUCCCUAGGUGUGUUUGGUGAUUGGCUCCAUGAGUUUCGUAAAAGAAUCAGGAAUGCUAAGAGGUAUAUCGUGCUCUUUGCAUUAGAUUUAGUGUGAGGAAUUGUUGAGAUAGCUAAGCCUCUGCCAGGGUGAGGUGAACGAAAUUCGAGGUAGAUUGGAGCAGAGUGUCUGAUACAGACGAAGCAGCUUCUAAUUGGUUUGUUUUUCUAUAUGCAUUUUUUGAAAGCAUUGUCUAAAAAUAAUGCAUAAACUGCUAGAUUGUCUCUGGUCUUUGUGUCCAAUAAGCCCUCUAGUUUACAGACUCACACUAAAGAGAUCUUUAAGGAGGCACUCCAGGCCGUCACAUGAUGUUGUUUGUUUUAUUAUCAACUUUUAAAAAAAAUAGUUAUUAAAAAUGAUAAUGCUAUUGCUUCUGCUCUUACCUUCUAAUCUACAGUCUUUCCAAUUUUGUUCAAAUAAUAUUACUGUAUAUAUUUUCUGGUAGUUGUGGUCUGGCAACUCCUUUCCAAAACAGAAGGACAAUUGAGCGAUUGACUCACAGAAACACUUACUAAGUCCAUAAAGAACUGUUUAUAGGAAAAUCUCUGCAGUGCUAAAGAUAGUUAAUUUAGCAGUUUGAUUAGCAGAGUCACUUGUUGUAAGCUCACUGCAGAUGCUGUAAAGCCUGCAAAUUUGCAGCUAUUACCAAUAGCAUAUCUAUAUAAUGAUAUAUAUAAAAAAAGAAAAGGAAUAGGUCGAUCCCAAUCUGGAAUAUCAAUUUAAGAGAGAAUGAACCAUCUACUAAAUAAAUAUUGUGUUUGAUUUUAACAAUACAUCAAACCCAAUUACUACUUGCUUUCCUUGUAAUAACAAUUUCUUUUUUUUUUCUCUGGUAACUGAAGCUAGAAUAGAUUCUGUAGAAUUUCAGAUGUUGCCUGAAAUGUUAGGCUGACUGGGAUGAGGAUUUUUGUAGAGUUGAGCUUUUAGCUUGUCUAUGUGUUUGUAAGAAACUAGGCUUUUUCUUCCUCAUAUCCAGAACUUGGCAAGUUGGUAAACAUGUUUGUAUUGAUACAGCCUUUAUUGUGGGUAAUAUCUUUACCUUUAAAGUUAACUUAUUUACUUUCCAUGGUUGGAUGAAUGAAAACAGUGUAACUCAUGCCCAUGGUUGUUGUUAACGCCAUAUUGUAUAUAUUCCUUGAGAUUUGUAUAAUUUCUUUCCAUGAUAUGGUAUUCUUGCUGGACAUCCGCACAUAGAUUGAUUUAGGGGAGGUUUAUUUAGGAUCAGUGGUGACCCUGGCUGGGUGCUUAGGGAUCGUAGUGUUAGACAGGGAUACCUUUGGGACCCCUAUCUAACACCUGGGCCUUGUGGCCACUCUUGUCCUGCAAAAGGGGCGUACCUGUGCGGAGUGAGGUUGGGUCUGCCAGGAGAACUUACAGGUCAUCCUAAUGUGAAUACAUGCCAGGCUUCCUGCAAAUCACACAGCCCAGACCACUGAGGCCAGGAGCACUGCUUCAAAACCCUCUGCAGAGUCCGUAAGUGUGUUUAAUGAUGAGCUUGUGCUACUUGUUUUGGGGGACAGUUCCAUGGUGUCCCCAAAAGCAGGACACCAAAGAACAAACGCUGGAAGGCAGAACAGGACCCUGAAAUUGGGAUUGUCCUGUAAAAAUCAGGACAAUUAGGAGACCUGGAACAUCAUUUCUUGGAAUGGCUGCGUCAAUAGCUUGAGGUUUGUAGAUAAUGUCCAACAGUGACGUUUGUAUUGUGUUUUGCUCUCACCAAAAACCUAUUUUGUAUUUAGCUGUAUGUGGGCUGAAAGACUUCCACUGCCAGAUUAGAACAGCACCAUGGUAGCAAGUUACAGAAUGUUGAAAUUGUAUAGUUUGUGUUUUUUUGUCACUUUUAUAUCACAAUCCAUGGUUUGGUUUAAAAGUCCAUUUUGCUCCAUUGUUAAGGGUGUCUACAGAAUCAUAGCAUAAAGCCUGAAACACGAUGCUUGUCUGAUUUGCAUGUUAUGCUGGGAAUUCUGUGAGAAUUGCAAAAACCUGUUUUUAAGAAAUAACAGUGCCAAAGAUGGACAUCCCCAAGGUAAAUGCAUAUGUAUAGAUCUUGGGAAUAUCUAAAAGCCAGCUAUUAAUAAAGAUUUAAUGUUAUUACUUAUUGCAGGUGGCCCAUCUUCUUUAAGGAUUACCUAGCAAAUAUGAUUUACAACAUAGACAUGGGAAUGUCUGUGUUUUAAGGUGUACCAUAGACAGCAAUGUGAGGGUGGGUCCUUACAACAAAUCACUCAAAAAACAUUUAUUAUCCCAAAUUACCCUCAGAUAUUUGUAAUUGAAGUACAAGAGCAGAGUUGAAUUAUUUUUUUUUUUUUAAACUCCUCAGAUUUAUAGUUUUCUUCCAAAAGCCCAAUUCAGUAGACGGUGUAAUAUGCUAUGCCGCUAAAAUAUUGAAUGUAAAAUUCCACACUGCUGGUGAAUCCGGUAUUGAGCAAGUUAGAGAUGGGUCAGCCAGGGGGUGAAUUCAUUAACUACUUUCUAAGGAAACCGACAAAGAACCGGUUUCAUGGCUGUGAGCUACGCUCGGUGCUGCCAGAGCAAGGAUGGGUGUGCCGUGCUGGGGGAUCCAAUGUUAGUUGUCUUACAAUCAACUUCAUAUAAUUAUUUCCUAGAAGAACGUAGUUCUUGUAAGCAUUAUGUGUGUGUGUGUGUGUGUGUGUGUGUUUGUGUGUCUGUCUGAGGGAGAAUCACAUUCUUUUACUUAUAUAAUAUUUGAGCAGAGCUAGGUGCUGGAAAUUCAAGAAUUAAAGCUGAUUACAGUAAACAAAUGGAGAGUAACAGGUAUCUAGUUAUUUCAGCAAAGUGCUGAUACGGUGUGGAUUAACCAGUUUAAAGGAUAUUCUUAAAGGGACAGCAUCAUGCAACGAUCUCCCCUCUCAAUGUCUCUCUAUCGCCUUUGACUUAUUAGUACAGUGAUUUGCAAACUGUGCUGAAACUACAGGCCAAACUGCUCUAUUAAAGUGGCUCUGAUCUCUGGUUAUUUCAUGAGUAUAUCAUAGUAUUUCUCUUGCAGAAAAGCAUAGGAAGGAUAUAAAAGUGCAGUAUAGUACAUAAUCAAAUGUAACAACAAUAUAAAUGCUGGCAUUCUUAUAUCUUUUUCUUCAAGCCUCUUAUCAUUUCACCUCCUUUCAUUCCUUGUCCUCUCAUUCCAUCUCCCUUACCAUUUCCCAGGCUUCUUUGUAUUUAUUUUUAUUUUUUUAAUGCUGUUAACCAAUCGACUGUCACUAGCAGUAGCCAUGCAGGCUUAUAGACAAAAGUGAGAAUUCCUGGGAAUUCAAAGUUAAUUUCUAAUGUAAGACCAAAAUAACCAAACUGAACACAGAAUUAACUUAGUAAAUAAAUAUAUAUAUAUAUGUAUGUAUACAGGGACAUAUCUUCCGCGAGGCACACAAGGCAUCUGCCUUGGGCGGCACUUUGCUGCCCACAAACGUCCAAGCAGAUACCUUGUUUGCCUCGUGUCCUGGGGGGCUCAAGAGCUGGCCACUUUUGAGCCCCCAGAGGCGGGUAGCGGACAGCAAUGGAGCAUACUCACCUGAGCUCUUCCUGCUCAGCUCCCUCGCGCGCCGCUUAAUGAAGCUGGGAGCCGGAAUAUGACAUCACUCCGGCUCCCGGCAUCACUAAGCGGCGCUCGAGGGAGCUGAGCAGGAAGAUUAAAGCUCCCUCGCCACCUACUCAGCCUGUCCGCCCCCUGCCUGCCCGCCCAGCAGCCACACUGGACCGCUGGUAAGUAAUCCACUCCAGCUCUCCCAGAGAGGCUAGGUGGAUUUAAAAUAAAACUUAAAAAAAAUAAUAAUUUGUGAGUGUUGGUGGAAAUGUGUGUGCAUGUGUGUGUAUGUAUGUGUGUGUGUCUGUGAGUGAAUGUGUGUGUUGGUCAGUGAGUGCGUGCGUCUGUCAGUGAGUGCCUAUGUCUGUCUGUCAGUGAGUGCGUACAAACAGUGUGAGUCUGUCAGUGUGUCCCCGAGUAAUAGUGUGUGUCUGUCUAUCAGUGUGUCAAAUCAGUGAGUGUGUGUGUCUGUCAGUGCGUGGGUCUGUCAGUGAGAGUGUGCAUCUGUCAGUGAGAGUGUGUGUGUCUGUCUAUCACUGUGUCAAAUCAGUGUGUGUGUAUGUCAUUGUUUGUCAGUGUAUAUGAGUGUGUGUCUGUCAAAGAGUGUAUGCGUCUGCCAGUGAGUGUGCGUCUGUCAGUCAAAGCGGCCUUGACAGGAAGGGGUGGGGAAAAUUUAACUUGGGGGGUGGGGUGCCCGAGCACCGUCCUGUCUAGGGCAGCACAAAUCCUAAAUACACCACUGUGUGUAUAUAUAUAUAUUGGGCUUAUUGAAAUGUACUUUCAAUUCAUUUUAAAGAAUUCAUUUUAAGGCCAACAUAGCAGAUUAAACAAAUAUAUAUAAGUAUUAUAUGUUCCAUUUGGUCAUUUUGGCCAUACAUUUGGUGAUUCUCAGUAUAGUAAAUAACCUGAAAAUGUCUACCAUUGGUUUUAUUUCUGUUGAUGCAGUAAAGAACCUACCAGCAGCAUAUCACUGCUCCUUGUAAUAUGCUGCAUUUAUUGUGAGAAAGGCAAAAAGGGACAAAUAUUGCAAGUGGCCUCCAGACUCAGGGAUGCACUGCAGUUACUGAAUUCUACUGAAUGCAGCUUUGUGGGCUGCAAGUUCGUUAUAAACCUAUCCUAGACUUGUAUUUGCUUCUAACAUUUUUGGUAGCAGUUAGAGGAAGGUAGUUUCCUUCGCCACUGUGUUGAUGCCUCUCAACUAAACUCUCUUCCCUACAGAAAUCGUGUGUAGAGACUAAUGUUGAAGAAUGUUAGUGGAUUUGGGACGUCCACCAGGGUCCGUAUAACGUGGAGGUCUGGUCCUCUGCGGACGGACAGGGAGAAAGGGUACCCCCAUCUAUGUGGGAUACCUGGAGCUUGGAGUGCUGUGGUGAUAGGUCUGAGGGCCUUUCUUGCCUGCAGGGUGUAGCGGGAGAGGUCCUGGUAUAUGGAUAUUUGCUGGUUAUCGAUGCGUAUUGUGCCCAUGCGUCGUGCGCCGCGCAGUAUGUCUUCCUUCAUGGCAAAAUUGUCUAGACAGCAGACAAUAUCGCGCGGCUGUUUGCCGGGUGCUGGCGGCGCUCGUAGUGCGCGGUGGGCCCUGACCAGGCCCAGUCUGUGAAUUUGUUGGCCUCCCAGGGCAUGGCUGAAGGUUGUGCGCAGGAUCUCUGGUAUGUUUUCCGCUGGGCCCCCCUCUCUUACCCCCCCGCACCUGGAGGUUGAGCCUGCGGCCCUGUUGUCAAGGUCAUCAACCCAGGUUGUCAGGUGGGCUAGGCUGGCUUCACAGCCAUUUAGUGUGGUGCGUGUUGUAUCAGAGUGUUCUGGUGUCUGCCCUUGUAACUGUGAGUCGUGCGUCCAUGCUGGCUACAUCUGCUCUCACCUGUGCCAGUUUGUCCCGGAUUAGUUUACUGAGGCGAUCAGAAAGGGCCUCCAGGUCUGCCUUGGUAAGCAGGUUGGGCAGGAGGGCUCGCAGAUCCCCAUCCAGCGUCCCCUGUGCACCCUGUGAGGUUGUUGGGGCCAGGAGAAAAUCCGGCUGGGGGAGAGUCUGCGGUCUCACUUGCGGCCUCCAUUUCCGGCUGGGAAGUGAGGUCCCGAGGGGUAGUGAGGAAGGACCUGGUGGACGUCUCUGUACCGGACCCUGAUUGCCUGUGGUUCUGUCAGUUUCUUUGUGCGCUCGAUUUUAUCGCGGGCCACGAGGAGCUCCUCUUUCAUGCGGCCAUCUUCGCCGGCCGCAGGACACGCCCCCUCCAUGUUAGUGGAUUUGUAAAGAGCCAUAACCUGAACCUUUAUCACCCACUUUUUAGAAUGAACCUCAAUACUGAUUAGCUCUACCUGUUCACAUUGCAAUCUUCCCAGAUCAAGUAGAUAGUCUUCCUUAAAAACUGGAGGCAACUGUCCCACUAAAUCCAAGUUUAGGUUCAAGAUUUUGCAAUUAGAUGUUUUGAAUAGAUGUCCAAAUAAUUUUGUCCAUCUAUCAUUUAUUAAGUAACAUAAUAAACAAGUUAACUUUUUAAACAUAAGGUUAGAAGAGCACAGUAAGCUAUGAAAUUGUUUAAAUUAUCUUGCUAUGACAUUUAAAUUCCCUUUUAAAACCGUGAGAGACAACGAAAAGGGCAAAGGUUCAAAGCUUUGGACUUUCCCUUGAACUCCAGGCCACUUGGCAGACUUACCCUCUCGUUAUAUUAGAUUGUAAAUGUAUUCCCUGUUUACUUGCAGUCUGGAAUUUAACAACAUUAUUAUUAUUGUUAUUCUACCUAGUAAUACGUCUUACAUUGGCUCUGUAAAUAGAGUGCAAUAAAUUAUAAUAUAGAUUCACUCAUUGUAUUUUGCACUCUCUUGGAAAAAAUAAAUCAUCCAUAUUUCCAAACGUAUUUGACUUUGCUUUUCAUUGAGUCUUUAAAAGGACGCACUACUGCCAAAUAAAUUUUAAAAAAAAUCAAAUAAAAUAAACAUAUAUAUAUAUAUAUAUAUAUAUAUAUAUAUAUAUAUUACUAUUUAGUAAAUAGACACUCAGUGAAAAACAUGCAUUUAAUUAUGCAAUAUUCUCAUUGGGAGUACAUCUAAAAACAUCUUGCAAAACCUGCAGAUCUUUUGUCUCAAUGAGAAGCCUUUGCAAGGCCGGUUCUCUGAGCAUUUUCCUGCCUCUUGAUUUUAGAUCCACUGAGCUAAACUGUCAGGAGGUAAAAGGACUGAUUGACAGCCAUGGAGGGAACACGGCUAAUUUCUGAAAUUUAUGAUUUCUAUUGAAAGCUGCACUUUUUGUAAAAUGGAAAAAAAAAGAGGACAUACUUUAAGGCAACACUGUCGCGCCGUACCUUUCUCCAGUCAUUUCCUCUAUCCUGCUCUGUCUGUACACAAAUUGCGUGGAGGGAGUGUGGGCAGAAGAAGACGUUCCGGCUGAGGAAAAAGAUCCGAACCAGGAACAAAGAAUUUACAAAAAGGGGAAAUGGGGGACUAGAGGCAUAUUAGACUGAUGAUGGCUACAAUGAAGAGUAGGGUAGAAAGGAGAGCACGUAUAAAAAAGGGAUGCGGCCACGACAGUGCCACUUUAAGUGGUUGUGUGUAUGCUAAAUAAAAGCAUCCUGUGAUGUUACAGAAGCACUGUAUUUAUGAUAUUGUCCCAAUCGGUCCAUACCUCUUUGUAUUCUCAAAGUUUACACUGGAAACAAAUGAUCUUUGAAAGAUUAUUAUUGGCAACAAAAUUCUGAGUGCUCUAUUUCAAAUUUAGAUCAUCUAGGAUCCGAGGAAGAUUGCUAUCAUUCUUAAUAAAUUCAUUCUACAUCCUGUGUAGAUUAUACUGUUUACCCAGUCCGCUAAAUCUUGCAUUUUUGGUUUUCUUUGCAUUAUCAGUCAGCUCCUUAAGUCACAUUUCAUUGAAAAUAAAUAAAUUAAAUAAAAACAAAUAAUGCCAGCUUCCUGAAAAGUUACUACCAAGAAAUAGAAAAUAAUUUUAACCGUUGUACUAACAAGGAGAAAUUUUACAUUUGAGAUAGUAAAAUACAGUGGUUCAAAUCUAGCUUGGGUCACUGGACAUAAAGAGAAUUACAUUCUACUCCCUUGGCUGUUUUUAGAGGUGUAGGAAAUAAUUCAUAGUCUCAAUGUAUUCAUGAUCUAUAUCACAGUCUCUAUGAUUGGACGCACAAAGCUUUUUGAUAUCUCGUUGCUCCUCUUAUGUUGUGAUAUUUCUUUAAAGCGUAAUCAGGAUUUCUUCUCCCCUCUGAAUUACUAAUGAGGCUUCUGAGACUUUCUUGCCAUUUCUAUGGGGAUGUGUUGGGAACCCUCACUAAAACUAUUCUAACUUUAUAUAAGUUCUUUAUUGGGAAGUGGGGUCAUUUGGAUUUUUGCUUUUUUUGGGGGGUGGGUGGGGAAUGGGGUAAUAGGAAUUAGUAUUAGUCAAUUGGCACUUAUCUAGUUACCUGGAAGUCCUAUGGACCUUGAUAUGUCUAUUCAAUGCAUUUGUAGUUAUUCAGUCCUCUAGUACCAGUAAACUGCAGAACCUUACUGAGUACGGUGUUAGUUACGUGCAACUCCAAAUGUGUUUUAAUAACCAUGUUAGGCCAGAUAAGACAAACUUAAAACAGAGUUGGCUUGGGGAAUGUUUCACAUUCUCCUAAAAUAUUAAAUUUACACUUUAAUGAACAAAUCUGUCAGUGUUUGCUUUCUUAUGUUUACCUGUUUCUAGGACUUCUUUUUAACCCCGCCAAAUUCAGUAAAUUUGUCUUUUUCAUGAAUUCAAUAUGGCUUGCCUAAACUGUCUUGAUAUAUAUAAUGUGGUGUAUAUUUUGACCUUUGUUAAGGGAUUAAUAUGCUCUUGUACAUUCUGACAAGCAAGUUAAAAAUCCAAGUCAAUGGAAGAAAAUAUUCUCCUAAAGUUUGCAGCUUCAGUGUCACUGUUUAGUGAAUAAAUCACUAAAAUUAUGUGUUUUUUUGUAUUGUUAAACCCUACUGACUGUGUUCAAUUAUUUAAUUUGUUCUCACUUAAAGAAUAGUGUGUUGCCAAUUCCUGGUUAACUUAUAUAUCACAGUCUAUAAAUAAUUGCCAUUAUCCUUUAAUUAUUUUAUUUCUGAGACAUGUUGUAUAUUUACUUUGUGAUUCGUGGGUGCUAAUUCUCAAUAUGUAAUCCCUUCAGGCCAGGGGGGUAAGGUAAAUCCUAUAAUAUAAUUACAGCCCUGGCACAUCACCUGUCACAAAAGUCUGUCUGUCUCCUGAAAUACAUCAAACCUUUAGCUUUCUAGGACCUAUUGGAAUUUUAAGUGAUUUAACUUUUAGCCAACCUACAACACAAUUGACAUAGAAUACCAGAAGCUGUGUGUUAGGUUUAUCACCUGUGCCUGCUGUAGUGGUUAUGGUGCUGGGUUGCCGUGGAGCCAUCCCAUGAUAAGAUUGCACGGCAAGGUGCCAUGGCCCUCCUGGCAUUAUAACCACUGAAAGCAGGCUGGCAUUAUGGUGCUUGAAAUGUCCCUUUAACACUUUAAGGUAUGAAGAAUCUUUAUUGUAACAUGUGACUUAGAAUAGCUAAAUAAUUCUAAUAGCAUAACUUUAUUGGUCAAUAAGGGACAUUCUAAACUUGUUUGGUCUUUUAAGGGAUAAUACAUUGUGUCUCUGUACACAGUAGCUUAGCAGUUGGACAAGGAUUUAUGUGAUAAGAUCCAACUUCAUGGACCACAUACAUUUCUCCUGCAAGUGCAGCAUCUUUAGGAACCUUUUAAGUAGCAGUCUCAGCACCAUAACCACUGCAGUUACUUGCUGAAUUUUUAAUGCUAGCUGGCAGGAGCCAUCCCCGCUUCUGAGUAAAACUAUUCCUUUUCUGCUUUAUAAAUGUUGGCCGUAUUUAAUGGCAGUGGUAGGCUGAGCAUGCCCGCUUACCGGCCCAGCCUAUCAAUGCCAUCCAAAUGUGGACGAUAUUACUAACCAAGAAUCUUCACCUACACAGUAAUAUCUUAACAUUCUAGUAGUAUUCUCAUGGUGAUUUUGACUAACUAGCGAAGUGUAUUGGGUUAGGAGCUAGCUUGCAGAAUUAGACCAAAAUAGCGUACUCCGCAUCUUGGGAAACCUAGUUAUCACACAUCUGCAGUGUCAAGUUGAUUGUACGGAUAGCCAUCAGUCCACCAUGGUUUGCUGUACUAUGCCAGAUGUCACGUCACCUGUUUUAUGUUAGAUCGUGCUUUCUUCAAAGAUUUCAUACUUCCCUAACUGGCCGGGUGUUUUUUUGUUUUUUUUACUUGCACACAGGUACUUAGAUUAGGUUUAGUGUACCUGUCACCUGAGUUUUUGUUAGUUUUUUUUUUUAAUUUGAAAUUCAGAUGAGACAUGGACAAAGGAUGAAAAAAAUGAACUUUAUUUAUUAACGAUUCAGUGAGCCAGUUAGCAGCACUGGAAUCAUCCCAAACAAUGGUUUCUGUUGACCAUCUCCCAAGAAAAUAUCUAUGAUGUCAGCCAUCAAUGAAUCGUGACUGCCUUAAAUAGAAGGGCUUAAGAAAUGGAAAGCCAGGCUGAGCCCUAUAGAGCCUUGCGGUUAAAAAAAACCAACAACUUAUAGACCUUAGUUUUCUUUUAAGUAUAACUAUAAAAAAGCAUAAAGUAAAUUUUAAAAAAAUAAUAAAAAAUUAUACCUAGUAGGUAAUGUUUAAUAUUACAUUUAUUUAAAAUGACAGGCCCCCUGCACGUAUUGGCCAAUACCUGAUUUGUUGCCCAAAUGAACUUUGCAGAUACUCUAUUUUUCUUACCUGUGAUCUAUCAAAGCUAUGUUAUGUGCUUGGCUGAGCAAUUGUUUUUCUACUAUCUAGGAUUGUUUUAAAGGGACCAGCAUAUCUACUGGCUCAUUGGUGGACAAUGCGAUUUUUAGCACAAAUACAGAAAAAAGUGCAAUAUAUAGUGGCGCUCAAAACAUGCAGCUAGUAAUCACUUGUGGAGCCAAUCACAACAAUUCCACAAGAUAUAAAUACAACAAAACACAAGAUACAGUGAUCAGCGCAAAGUAAUACAAUAUGUGUGUAUAAAAACUAUUACACCCACACUGGUAAUAUAUCCUAGUAAUGUGGUGGAGAAUAAAAAAUAAAUAGAUCUACCCUAGAGGAAUUCUUGCAAUGAUGUUCUUAUACAUAUGCGCCCACCUCCUGCUGGUGACUCCAUCCUAGCGCCCCCUGGGCCGGUGUACCUUAAGGCGGCCGCUGGUGCCGCCUUAUGGACGCGCCGGCCCUGUCUCUGCACCACUCUCACCAAAUUAGAUCUAUGUAUUGGUAAGAGUUCUGCACAGCCCUUCUAAUUUCAAAACAUUCUCUACCCUAUGUAUGGGAAAUUAAGCUAUUUCCCUUGCACAAACAAUGCAUAUCAUAAGCCAUGUAGACUUAGCAGGAAGAGACAGUUGCUGAGAACAUUGCUUAAAAGGCAGAAGAUAAAGAUAAUGAAAGAUUUCAUAAUGUAUCGAUUGUCACAUUCAUUAUCAGCGCCUGAUGCAAAGAAAUUGGGAAACUAAAAAUUACCAGCUUGAGAACUGAGCGGUGUCCCACCAAAGAAACAACUAUUAGAGUUUGUUCCUUCUCCGUAUUCUAUUGCGCUCUGUUCCAGUUUGUUUGCUCUUUAAUGUAACAGGGGUAUUCGUAUCAGAGGCUGAAACGAUUGUCUAGGGUUGCUGCAUCUGACAUGCAGAGAGAGCCAGCCUGCAUUUUGGAUCUUGACCACCCUUUUGGGUGUGAUCAGUAUGAAAUGCAAAUGGUUUGGUUAUCUCAGUAAUGGCACAAGAUGGGCUUAACCAGCCCAUCAACCAGCUUGAGAACCUAGCAGGACCCACCAAAAGGGCCAGCUAUUUGAGUUGUUGUCCACUCUCUGUAUUUCCUUGUCCCCUGUUUUGUUUCCUGUAAUGUUUUUCUUCUGGGGAUACUAGACAACAAUUGCCAAACAUCACAUGGCUUUGUGGCAUACUUGAGGCUGGGCAAGGACCUCUUUUGCUGUUCAAAUGCCUUUCUGUGAAUAGCAAAUAGCACUUCAGCAGUGCCUGGUGCAUGGGCAGCACAGUGACUGCUUUGCAGAGUUCCCUGUUUACCAGCCAUACGUGUGCCAAGAUUGCAUCCCAUCGUCUGCCAUGUCAUGAUGUCUUUUUAUAUUCUAAUGUCUCCUGUUGGAGCUUAAGUCAUUUGUCUCGUAUGAUGUCUGUAACAGAGUAUUACAAUACUCAUAAUACAUAUUUUGUUGAUGUUUUUUUUUAUUUUUAUAAAUUGUUUAUUUUUCAGUGCCGGUUUAAUGAUACAGUCUUUGAAUGGGUAUGCCACAUCAGCAAUUGCAUAAAAUAUAUCAGUGAUCGAAGCAUCCUGCCAUUGGAGCUAAGAUUAUCUGUGCACAUUUUUCUUAUAUAGGGCUAGGUAGUCAUAACGAUGUGAUCGCCCGUGCCAGUGGUGGCUGUAGGUAUUAAAGCUAGUGUGGAUUUAGUGGGUUGCACCGAUGAUGAUAUGGUGCUGGUACAGGAGUUGCGCUGGUAAGCCUCCUGUUCCUUUUGGCUAUGCGGUUUGUAUAAAGUUGGAUACUAGAGUAAGGGAUAGGAGUUUGAGAUUUGUCUAUGUGUGAGUGGCUUAUAUUUCAGAGUAUGGGUGUCUGUGCCAUCUUAGGGCUGGUGACUUUAAGACUGUGGAGGAGGUCUAUGUGAAUUAAAAAGGUUUGGCCAUUUUGACUAAUAUGUGCUCCAUCGGCUGCUACGCCUCUUAGCCCUGAGGCAUUGGGGGGGGGGGGGAGGGGAGGGCAGGGGCAGUGUGCAGCUGUACUGCCUUAAAGGCACAGGAUAAUGCAUGACAUGCCAGUGUAAGAGAUGAGAGCCUAAAUAAAGACAGGUUGACAGGUUAUUGUCUGUUGUUUGGCCAGUCCAGGCUUCAUGUCACGGGUCCUGGGUGCGGACUGUCCACCCCGAUGGCGUUGUUGGAGAGUCCCAGUGUGGUCAGCAAGGCCGAUCCUUCUUCCACGUUGGUGAUUUUAUAGUGUUGUUCGCCUUUGGUCACCCACAGCAUUCUGGGUGUUGCCCAUCUGUAUACUAGACCCACUGCUUGCAGGGUAGUGGUCACAGGCUGCAUGCUCUUGCGCCAUGAUAAUGUGCCUCUGCAUAAGUCCUGGAAGAAUGUGAUUUGAUGUGUUUCAAAGUCAUAGGGCGCUUUCCCUUUUAUGGCCGUUAUUAGGGCUAUUUUAUCUGUCAAGGUUUGGCAUCGUAGGAUUAUGUCGCGUAGGGCUGACUUAGGUGCCCUUAGGGGUUUCGCUAUGCGAUAUACGCCAUCAAAUGUAAAGUGUUUUGCCUGCCUGUUGGGAAUGAGUGAGGCCACCAGGCGCCUUAUAAAGUGGGGUAGUUCCUCCAAUGGCAUUAUGAUAUCCCCCUGAUCUUGACAUUCUUCCUUCUACCCCUGUCGUCUAGGAUGUUUACUUGCCUGGAGACGUUAGCCUGUACUGUUUGCAUCUGGGCAACUGUGUCUUUUAGUGAGUUUAGGGCUUGGCUCAGGCCUUUCACUUCUUGUUCCGUGGCCUGUGUUCGGGCCGAUACCGCCUGUACCUCUGCUGCCAGCCCCUUCAGGUCUGCUUGCCACAUUAGCUGUAGGUUACCUUGGAGUCCCGCCAGCAUGGUCUGGAUGUCUUGUUUUGUUGCUGGGGCUAAUCCAUCAGUAGCCUGUGUACUUGUGUUGCCUGUGUUGACCUCUGCUGUGCUGUGUUCUGAGUCUUCUUCUUCAGAUCUCUUAGGUGAGGCUGCCGUGUUAGCCCGGGCCUGUGAGGGAGGAGGGUGCUGCAGCAUGCUGCUAAUGUCCCGGUUAGGCGUGGAAGUGCUUGCGGCUGGUUUGUUGGACCUCCGUCCCAUAUAGUUGUGGGCUUUGCCCGUGCCACGCUGUCAGCUCCCUGGUGAUGUACUGGUCGCGUGUGCGAUAGGCCCCCUGACCCUUGAUGCGGCGUUUCAUGCCCGACGGUUGUAAAAAAGGCAUCUGUGUGUUCAGCAGGGUGCCUGGAAUCUGUGCUUGUCGUUAGUUUUAGUCGAUGGGCUGCGGGUGUGCCGUUUUUUUAGUUAUUUUUGCGCUGGCCGUACAGAGCUUUUGUAAAUGGCAACUGCCUCGUUGUGCCGUUGGCUCCGUCCCUGUUGAUUUUUUAAAUUACACUUUAUAUACAUGUUUUACAAUAGGUCAUUAAGUCAGCUAAAAUGUCUAAAAAUAUCUGCACCCCAGCCCUUCACCCCAUGGCCAUUCAAGACGUUGAGCAAUCUGUAAUUACUAUGUACUAUAUAUAUGGGUCUAUGGCAACACCUUUUCCCUUUCUCCUAAAAAAAGAAUAAAUAAUAAUGAAAAUGCUGGCAACUAUAUAGGGAAGUCUUACUCCUAAACAUUGGUUUACAAACUUAGGCACUCAAGGGUUAAGUCUUGUCUGUUCUUUUUCUUCUUUCCUUCUUACUUAACAGUGAUUCUCAAACAAGCCCUUGGGUGCCUCUAAUGAACCAGGAUUUAGGGAUAUUUCCAAGCAUAAUUAUUUAAUCCCCGAAAUCCUUAACUGCUUGUGGUUAGAGAUGCACAGUUUUUGAACUAUUACAAUAUAGUAUUAACGUUUACAACUAUCUGAAAAUGUGCACGCUGUUUUUCUGAAGAACUUUCUCAGUUCUUGACCAGUGCCAAGUAGUCAUGCAGUUAAGAAUCCUUCUUCUGCCUUCUAACCUGUUUGAAUAUUUUAUAUAGAAAUCUAUUCAUGUACCUUCUCUCUGGCAACUGAAAAAAAUCAGUUUGGUUCCUGGAUAUGCGUGCUGCUGCUGCACUGUACAAGCAUUUGUAACCUCUGACCUGUCUACCAAAAGGAGGAGACCAAUAGGUUUUUAACAAAAAUGAUCAGGGAUCAAGAACAUACUGCCCAACAUUUCAAGUAGACAAACAUGGACACUUUCAUUUUAGGGGUGUGAGUGGAGUUGUGGCCCGGGGCAAGGUUGGUAUGAGAAAUUGUAGGUGACUUACUCAUUAUAAUUUAUCUUAUUUAUGCAUACUGAUUUCUAAACACAUUUAUUGUAGUUUAAAAACACAAUACUUUGAGUAUUAUUGCUCUUUUAUACAUACAAACACAACAAUAAUAUGGAGCUCCUAGAAAAGGCAUUAAGGUAGAAAAGAGAAAAAGAGGGAUUUGGGCCCAAAAUAGGGACUGCUCCUCUUGUAUAGGGGUACUUGGCAGGUAUGAAGACAUGUUAGCACAUUGAUUAUAAGAACUUGUAACCUGCUAACCUAUAUGUCUUGCAAGAUCUUGUAAGAUUACAAAAAUGUAUCUAUUUACUGAUGAUAUGGUACUUUAGCCGAUAAAAUGUAUCAUCGCUGUUUAUCAAGUUGCUAACUUUACCAAAAGCUUUCAGCAAUCACAUAUAUUCCUGAAAUCCCUCUUGCCUGAAAAUGUGACACCCACAGCUGUUGUGUGGAGUGACUGCAAAAUGCAGGUGAUUUCUGUGUAGAACAGAGGAGAUCCCUCUUGCACCAUGUAUCCUCUAUGGAAUUCUGCUGUUCGCCGUUCCAUCCCAAGGGGAGAGGAUACUGGCACACAACAAGCGUUGACGGCAGGAUCUAUAAGUGGAAGGAUGGAGAUGUGCUCAUCGGGAGCUUGGGGCUGUGUGAGGUCAGAUGCUUUUUUUCACUCCUGGUCUUGAAGGGACCCUACAGCUUUACUUGUGGGCUCCCACAAAGGCACCACAAAUGGAGAGACGGGCAAACCGCUCAUAGUGAACACCUGGCAGCUGUAUUCUCCUGUUGGAUCAGAGCCAUUGAACAGCAAGAUGAAACCGUGGGGAGAGCAGUUAAAAGGUAGAAACUGCAAGCUCACCCAGUUAACCUAUAUUCUCUCCCAUUCCACCUGCAAAUCUUAGACCUUUUAUUGAUACUUUCUCUUUUGUUCCUUCGAUACAGAGCGCGUCUUUAUAUCGCUGUUUAACCCAUUUAUCACUUACUCUUUAAACUGUCGGGAUGUUUGCUUUGAAUAUAUGCACAAGUUUAUUCACUAAAGUAUGAAGUGUCAGGGAUUCAGUGUGAAUUCAGAAUGAAUAUCAAAUCUAGGCGAAGAGAAACCGAAGACAAAAGUUGACUAAGAUUUUUUUUCCUUUUGUCCUGAAACAUGAAAAUCACUUUGAAUUUACUAUUAAUUUCCAUCAAUUUACAGUUAGUAAAUACCCUGAUAAUGUUCAUCUUGUAAAAAUGUUAUCAAUAGUUGCAAGAUGUUCUGUGCGUAUUACAAGUGCACUCCUGACAAAGCAUGUCAGCUUACUGAAUUGUUUUUUUUUUUCUUUAGAAGUCUGUCAUUUUUUUUUUUACAUUUUAUAAAAGUUGCAGUUUAAGUCGAAAUUUGCACUUUUCUAAUUGGGGCAGAAACACAACCCUGGCUUUCACUUAGACACUCAGGGUCAUGUUCUUCCUCUUCUGUUAGCUCUACAGAACUGUAUUGUCUGUUGGCCAUUUAGGCCUAAAAUGUAAAAUUCACUUAGAUCUUUCUGACUUUUCACACUUUAGUCAAUAUCACUAAUAGUGUAUUUUUGCUGUAUUUAUAAUUCACUAGCCUCAGUACACAGAAUUCCAUUUAGAGAAUUCUGUCUCACUGUCUAUCAUAUUUUGCCUUCUUAAUAACCUUCUAUUGAGAUAAAUGCUCCUUUCUCCCAAAAGCUAUAUGGUAACUACCAAGUACGAAAGGCAGUCAGGGAGGUGUAUUACUAUUCUUAAAUAUGAUGUCCACAGACCUUUUUCUGCCGUCAUUGUUCCUAGCCUCAAGCAAGGUUCGAAGAAGCACGUUUAUUCAGAGGGACUGUGCCAUUCAGUUCUGGAGAUGCUGGCACUCUCAUACAAAAAGAUUUUAUCGUUCAGUUCUGCAAUUGCUGGUUCUAUCAUACAGCCAGACUUUGCCUUUGAGUUCCAGAGUAUCUGGCUUUCUUACAGAGAGUGACUUUGCUUUUCAGUUCUGGAGUGGCUGGCACCCUCAUACACAGGGACCUUGCUUUUCAGUUUUAGAAAGCGCUCUUCCACAGAGAGAGAGAGACUUUUCCUUUCACUUCUGGAAUCGCUGUCACUCUCUUCCAGAGCGAUUUGCUUUGCAGUUCCCUUUGAUUUUCUAUGUAGUUACUUAUUUUAAAGCAUAAACCUGAGAGAGUGUGUAUGUAUAAUGUGUGUAUAUUAUAUCAAUGUAAUGACUGUAGACUGAUGUAGUUUUAUUCAUUGAUAUUUCAGCAAACUCUGUGAAGCUCGAGAUGCAGAGUGAUGAGGAAGGCGAUAGGAAGCCCCUUCGCCGAGACACUCCAAUGAGACUACAGGAAGAGGAGAGUGUGGAUGAGUCAAUGGCUGAAACCAAUGGGAUCUCUGACUCACGCAUCAACCAGGAUCUGUCCCUCGAUGGUGGCAUCCGACUUCCGAAUGGUAAACUGAAAUGUGACGUCUGUGGCAUGGUUUGCAUUGGCCCCAAUGUGCUAAUGGUCCAUAAGAGGAGUCACACGGGUAAGCAGUCAGAAGCCAAAUUGCCUGUAGCAUCUGAUGGUAAUAUUACCUGAUACUAUUGCCUGUUGGCACAUCCUGUUCAUAACCUUUAAAGGCAGGUUGCACCCUUUGGUAUACUUAGCAAAAAUUGUUAAAAUUAAAAAAAAAGUUGUUUGGGGAGAGGGGACCAGGUUCAGUUUUAAAGAAAAGGUUAGCUUUAUCAAAUACAGAAACAUUUAUUAAGACAGAUAGUUACUGCGCAGACGAUGAUGUAAAAACUGAUUGUUUUAUAUACAAUUUAUUUUAUUUUAUGUCACCCAGUAAUUUUUAAGAGCUCGCCAUGAUUAACUACAAGGGUGUACACUGGCUUUGAAACAGUCUGUGCACAGUACACCAUGGAAAAUGCUAAAAUGUAUAUCAAUUCUAAGCAACUAUUCAUAUAUUAAAAUCGUUGCUGGGUCUUCUAAUUACUAGAGGUGAAUUUCUACACACCCAUCAUCAAACACCAGAAAAUAGCUUUAUUCCCUUUAAGAGCAUCUAAAAAAUGCUGGAUGGUGUGCCAAUCGUGGCACCAUUGUUGUUCAAAUCCAGACACAACUGCUACGCUUUAUGAGGACUCUAGUAAUUGGGGACACAAAUGCCACGAGAGUAAAUUAAACCAUACUUUUCUUACAGAGCAACCAUUGAUAGGAUUUAAACAAGUCCUUCCUAUUUCCAAUGAAUCGUAUCAUUGGUUGUUAGUUUUCUGUGACGUAACAUCAGUUAUGCUGUAUUCGUGUCUAGGGACAUAUUGCUGAUAGAUCUUUCCCUACAGCACAGACUAUUUGGUGUCAGAUGUUUGAUUCCAAAUACAGAUUGUUGCUUGGUUGUGUUGUGCAUGCAAAGUAAAUAAUUAUAUGCUUUUGGAAAAAGGGUGCUGCAUGUGACAUUAUAUAGUAGGUGUUACUGUAUCUGUGUACAUCACCAUGAUGCGUUUUUACUAUGCUCAAACUUUGAAAUUAAAGCUGGCAACAACAGAAAGGAAAUCUGCAAGAGGUUGAGAUGGACCAAAUUCUUCCCUUCAACCUUUGUCACAAUGCUUCUAAGUGCCUAUCCUUAGUGCUGUGUAACUGCAGUUCACAUAUUUACAUCAUUGGUAACACUUUAAUACUUUCUUUAAUUCAUAGAGCCCCAUAUUAAUGAAUGAUAGUGUAACAUUGCGGAAUGGUCGAUAUGUUAAGUUAAAAACCAUAGACUUCUGCGUGGAUUGCUAAUGAAUUUGGUUCAUAAGGCAAUUGGGAAUAAUAAUGCAGUGAGGUAUGAAGAUUAUGCAGUUUUGUUCCUACAGGGUUGUUCACUAAAGUUUGAAUUGUCAGGAAUUCAAAUGUUAGGCUAAAAUAGUCAACAAUUACCUAAAAUGUUACCUAAACAUGUGGGAAAUAUAGCUGUCAUGAAAAAAUGUCCAACCAUUAAAUGUAAGCCCAAGCCCAACUUAAUGUAUUUAGUCCUGUCUCUUCCUCAGUCAUGACGAGGAUGUGAUUCAACAUACUUUCACUCCAGCCCAAAGAUAAGACUCUCCACUGCCACCCAAUCCAAUUUCACUGAAAUAAUCAAGAUAAUGUUUGUCCUUUCAAAUCAGAAAAGCAUUGUGAGCGGCAACAAUCCAGUGCUUCUCAGAGAUGGCAUUGUAUUAAUUUGCAAGGCUACAGAGAGCAGCAUAAAUGCCCCAAUAAUACUUCACUAAGAUGAAAUGAUGUGUGUGUUUAGACCAGUUAAAUGUGACGGAGCUGAUGUUUAAUGGUAAACACAUGUUAUUUUUUUUUAUUUAAAGGGAUACUAUAAGAGCCAAGAAUACAAAACUGUAUUCCUGGCACUAUAACUCCCUCUGCCUCCUCCCUCCCUUGGACCACCCCCUUCCUCCCCCCUUCCCCAAUGAUGUGUAUAAAGGGUUAAAAACCCUUUUUUAAACUUAAUUUACGCCAGCACGAUUGACCCUCGCCAUUGGGACGUGGUUCCGCAUCCUCCAACGUCCCACAACGAGCAGGUGCUAAUGCGCAUGCACUGCAAAUGCCGUGAACGCAUUAGACUUCCCCAUAGGAAAGCAUUAAAUCAAUUAUUUCUUAUGGGGAAAAAUUUGACGCUGGAUGUCCACAUGCAGAGCGUGAGGACGUCCAGCAUAAGUUACCAGACCAAAGGUCCGUUAGGAUCCAGGAAGCGACUGUCAUCUGGUGACAGUCACUGGAUGCAGACAUAAUGCUGCAAUGUAAACAUUGCAUUUUCUCUGGAACUACAAUGUUUACCGUUGCAGCACUAAGUGCAAUAGGGACACUACACCCAGACCACUUCAAUGAGCUGAAGUGUUCUGGGUGCCUACAGUGUCCCUUUAAUUAGUGUCAGAUGUAAGGAAUCCAUUUAUAUCAAUACCAAACCUCCUGCAAAAUAGAUAAACAUAAAAUAUAACCAAAAAAGAACUGGUGUGUAAAUCCCUUUAAAUAUGCUAACUAUUAAAUGAGCUAGCCUUAUCAGGUUUGACACACAUGCAGAGCCAACACUUGGCAUUUCACGAUGUCUUGAUAGAAGUGUUAAUAAAAUUGCUCUUACAUCGACUGCUGCAGUCAGCACAAAGUUUAGCUUGUUUGACAAUUUGAAGAAAGCUGCUUUUGUUAUUUAAUACACAUAUUUGUUGAAAGUUCCUAUCAGGCAGGAAGAGAAGGCGAGAUAAAAUAUAAAAUGAGCAUAUUGCAAAACAAUAUUGUGGUGAUGUGGCACUAGGUAAGAAGUCUCUUUGUUAGCUACCUUGUAUUUUAUAGUGGAAUAUAUAUGAUUCUGUGUAUUCUGUCUAUAUAUUUGCAAUAGCUCAGGUAAUAUUAUAAUCGGAUCCUUCAGGCAUUCCUCUGUGGGGCAAUCAAUCAAUAAAAAAAACAAACAAAAAAAAAAAAAAACAACCCCAUUCAUGGUGGGACAAAGAAGAAGUAAUAAAAAGUGUUUGCAGAACAUUCCACAGCAUACACAACCUUCUGUGUUUUACUUGAAAAAGGAGGCAGAUUAAGACAUAUUUACAAUUUCUUUAAGGUAGUAUGGAAUCUGGGAGAUCGAAGAGGUUGUGUGAUACCUUUUAUUGGACCAGUGUAUAUUUAGCUUUUACAAGGACCUCUUACCUCACUAGGUUACCAAGACAAGCAAGGUAAAUGCAGUAAAUCUAACCAAUGUUCGCCAAUAAAAGGUAACCCACUCCUUGUUUGUGUUCCCUGGUUUCAGACUACUGUUUUGUUAUACAAUAUGACACCUGUUCACUGAACUUAAAGGAAUGUUGCAUUUUAAAUUUAUAUUUUUUUUUAACCCAAGGUUGUUGUUUUUUUGUUUUUUAAAGCACUAGUCAGUGAGCAGCAUCCAUAGGCAUGCCUUAUGAAAAAUUCCAAAUGACUCCCAAGUCCUGACUGCUUCAAAGCUUGAACAAAAAUCUUCUCAUUUCUGAUUGGCUGACGUUAUUACAGCCAAACAGAGAAAUUGUCAUUGCUGCUAUUUCACUGAAAUAAAUUAGACUGCUACAUUAAUGCCAAGCCCUGCUUCUUUCAGAGAAUCAUGGCAAUUUGAAGAAAAUAAACUAUUUUUGAACUGUAACUUUCCUUUAAAUUCAGAUUUAUUUCAACUGCAAUAUGGACAGGUGUUGCUGCGCUCAAUCACAGUCAAUGUAGCUUUGGAUUUUUAUUUUUUUUCUCAAAACUAAAAUGCCCUCCAUGAAUGGGACGUUGAACAUUUGGCAACAGUCACUGACCUGUUAACCGUUUCAAGGCUAUAAUCAACCUUCUAACACUUAAAGGGUUAGCAGGAGAUCUCUGCCUUUAAGAGGAAGAGAAUCUGUAAUGGCCUCUGUUUAGUGAGACUCUUCAUAGACUGCUGAGCCCUGGCUUUGCUAUGAUUAACCCCUUCACUUUUUAACCAGUUUACACUGUAUUUUUGUGGAAGCUGUCAGUGAAAGGUUUAAUUAUAUUCUUAAUCUUCUUGGGGUGUGAAGGUAAUAAUAGUGUACAUAAUAUGUUUGUAUUCAUUUAAUUAUCUUACUUUUUUUUUUCCUGGACAUGGCCUGAAGCACACAACCCCUCUGGAAAGGAAAGAAACUACUUUGCAAUCCCACCUGUGUCAUUUAUUACAUGACUAUGACAUUUAAGAAUGUAUAUAGUUUAGGAAUCAAAUUUAUCAUUUGAAAAAGCUGAGUAGUGAACAAUAAAUAACAAUGAUCUGGUAAUGCAAGAGUGUUUUUAAAAAAACAACUAAAACACAAGUCAACGACCCAUUAGAAUUUAUCCAUAGAAGAUUGACUCAAUAUUUAACUUUUCAUAACAUGUAACUGGAUUUAGCGCAUCACGGGAAUAGUUGCAGUUGGGGGAUCUAACCUGUGGCCAUUCUGUUCUAGAAUGCGUUAAUCACUACUUUUAUUUCUGGAUCUUAAGGGGUCCCAGCAGCAGGUGGAAUUGCAAAGUCACAUUGUAUGCAAUGGCUACAUUUACCGUCUGCAUUAAAACCUCUCUCAUGCUUGUCUAAUGUGUAAGAGCUGUGAUUUUUGUCUCUGUUUAGGUGAGCGUCCAUUCCACUGUAAUCAGUGUGGAGCAUCUUUCACACAGAAGGGCAACCUUCUACGGCACAUAAAACUGCACUCGGGAGAGAAACCUUUCAAAUGUCCAUUUUGCAGCUAUGCAUGUCGAAGAAGAGAUGCACUUACGGGGCACCUUAGGACACACUCUGGUAAGUUACUUUUAUGGAUCCAUGUCUGAGAAAUUUAGUUUGUUCAGUUCCCCCGCUGUAAAGUCAUUUUUUGGACAAAUUUCAUUCAUUGAGUCUUUCGAGCUUUUACUUCUCUGGAAUGUACAUGAUUGAAAAUGUUGAUAGUAACCUAUAUCUUUUGUUAACCUUUUUUAUGUUUUUUUUUUUUGUAUUAAAGAAACACUUUAAGUACGUAGACAAUGUACCUGCUGUCUGACAUACAUAAGCAUUGUCAUUUGUAAAAAAACAAAACAAAAACUGCAAUGUUUACAUUUGUCAGUCAGUCUCUAUGAGAAACAUCCAAUUAGCUGCAAUUGCUGCACUUGUACAUUAGGAAGCAUUUGAUUGCAUUAAGAUUAUCUGCCAAGUUGAUUUCUUCAGGCAGAACGGCUGUUCGGCAAAGAAUGACUAGCGAUGGUUCACCACUUAGUUUACCAGCAUUUGCCUUCGUUUUUUUUUUUUAAAGGGAGACAGAGGUGGCAUAUUUGUUAAAUGUUAGGGAUAAGUAAACCUAACAUUAAAAAUCAUGGGAAGAGAAAGUUGCUCUUUAACCCCUUAAGGACCAAACUUCUGGAAUAAAAGGGAAUCAUGACAUGUCACACAUGUCAUGUGUCUUUAAGGGGUUAAAGGGACAUACAUCACAUGACAAUUAUUUUUUUAAACCGGAAAGUAAACAUUUAAAACAAACCAAAAUAAAGCAAGAAAUGUUUUGAAAAGUAUGUAAUAAAAAUGUAUAAACUUACUAAAAUCUUGGUCAGAUUGCAUUGUUGGGCAGCCAACCACACCUUUCCCCUCCCUUCCCCACUCAUCUCAGUUUCAGACCAGUCUACUACUGACAGAAACAUGGCAUCAUUGUGCAACAGCAGGAGAGGGAAACAUUACACCAGGGACUGAUCUGCAUGGAUUAUAUUGAUCAGUCUCCUUCACUUCUCCCCGUCAGGAUGUUGCAAGGUCUUCCAACUACUAAUGUGUAAAUCUGUUAGGCAUACCCAAUGCAGUUUUCCAGAAUUCCUUGGGAUAGGAUACUACUAAGUAGUUAGUUCAGUGCCCCCAUAGGAGGGGUGUGGAAAGCAUAAGGAAGAAGAAGCAGGUAAAUAUGAAGAAAAUCCUAUUCCGCUGCUAUUUUCAGCCUGCAGAGUGAGGCAACUGUCUCAGUCAAAGCAAAAGAUUUAGAAUGAGACAGUUGUCUCAAAGCGAUGCAUGUCCCUUUAACAUAAGCUCCUGGAGAAAUUACACAUAUGUCCAAGUUGUUAAAAUUGUGGACCGGUUCUUCUGAUUAAGAGACACAAACCGUUGUCUAUGAAUCAGACUGAUUUGCUUGUGGCACAUUUGAGUCUAUAUGAGUAUUUUGCAUGGCCACAUCGUUCCCAGCUUUUACCUUUCCACCUUCUUGUAGGGCUUACUCCAGGCUAGGAAACUUUAGUGUGACUUACCAGAAGUGAGAGAGUUGUUUUCCACUGGUUUUUCCCAAGUAACACAGUCAAUUGUCAACUUUGUUAUAGAUUGAGGAAGUUCAGUUGAAAAACAUACAUCAUCCCUAGGGCUUUUGUGUAAUUCAUGUAUCUUAAAAGAUAUGUAUGUGAGCAUAGCAACACUGUUUACAUAUUCCAUUUGUGUUCUUUAAAGAAUAAUAACAAAUGGUUAAUAGGAAACAUCUGAUAUUUUUGUCGCAGCUCCACAAUGUAAAGAGAAAUAUCUUACAUUAUUAUUACACACAUUGUAUAAACUAAAGUACAUCAUUUACUAGAAAAGUACAUUUUUAUGAAUGUUCUAGACUAGAAAUUUGCCUUUUUUAAAAAAAAAAAAAAUUAUUAUUAUUUUGCUGAUGUAAUUAAGGACCACUUCCAUGCAGACCCACAGAGAGCUGAGUAAUAAAAGGCCAUUUCAUUCAGUUUUCCGCGUAUAUACAUAUAUGAUCUAUUUAAAAAUAUCAACUCAGAAUGUCUGGUUACCCCAAGGAACACAACAGGCUGAGAAAGACUACAUGGCAACCAAGAAGUUACUCAAAUAGUUCAGUCAAUCAAUAUUCCUGUGUUAAAAACAAAUUAUAUUUUUAUGAGACCACACUGACCUAUACAAACUAAAUAUAUAUGUAAGAUAAUGGUAAAUGCUCAUGGAUGUUCAAAUCCCUGUUUAAGGUAGUUUGCUCACUAUUGAAAAAAUGAUGCUGAAGAACCUACAAACUGAGAAUAUAUAUUUUUUUUUAACAUAUGAAAAACUAUAAAUGUGUAUAUUAAGCCAGAAAAGGGUGUCUUUUUCAGUUUCAAUAUACCGUGUGGUUAAAAAGACCUUGUGCAAUGUUAGAUGUGCGCAUGAUAGAAACACACUGUAAAUGUCUCAUCUAAGCCACAGGUUGAAUAUCUUAAAGAAGAAUCGUUAGUCCUGAGACUUUAUUACAGUCCUAUAACUAGCUAAAAGUUAGCUAUGGGUGGUGCUUUUAUUAAUAGUCUCCAUGGGUUUCAUUCCCCCCCGCCCUCCCCCCCCAAUUAUUUAUUUAUUUACAAGUUUGCUUAGGCAUAAAUGUUAAUUGGAUUAACCCUUGUAGUGCCUUAUGUUUGGGCUAGUCCCUAUGUACAGCACUUUUAAAGGAAUGCCCAAGGGCAUAUUCACUAGUACAGAACUUGUGUGCAAAUGCCAAUGGGCAUGCGCAGAGCACCUAGGGCAACGAGUCACCCUAAACAAGUGCCACAGAGGUAGUAAGUAUGUGUGUGUGUGUGUGUGUGUAUAUGGGACAACAUUUAACAUGGCUUAAAAACAAUAUAAACAAGGUGCAACUUUUUUAAAUUAGUGGAUAAUUGUGCUCCUGCUUCUUUAGUGAUAACAUCUAUAUGACAACCGUCCUUUAAUAUUAACAGUGAAAAUUCUAGAUUAUUGUUCAGGCUGAACGUUUUUAAAUGUUUUAUAACAACAUCCAUGCUCUGUCUUUGAAAUGUGGCAAUUCUGCAGCUCUUUCACCCACUGCAAAGGAUAAAAAAAUGUUUGAGCAAUAUCCCUGAGGGAUUAAAACCCAACGGAGAGGAAAAAAAAAUAUCCCGCCUGUAAGGGAGUGUUUGUUCAGCAGCAUUCCUGGUGUGAGGGAAGACUCCACACCCUGCAAUCAGCCGCCGACUGUGUUACACCCCAUAACUUGUAACCUGCUGUUUUCGGUUGUUACAAGCCGCCGGGUCUCCUGUAACUGUAUGCCAGCCAGGAUCCCGCACUGCUUCUAUUUACAAAAACUGCGAAACAAGAGUUACAUUAUUCAAAUCUAAGAGUCAAGUAGCUCUGUGCAGCACCUGUAUUGUGAGAAAAGAACAGACGUGAAACAUAAGUGCUAUAUGACUGCUCUAACAGACUCACAAUUAUCUAUGAUACAGCACAUUCUCUAAAUGGAAUAAGUCAACUGCUUUUUGGGUGUAGCAGGCUGAGAGUGUAUGAAACAAUUGGGCCAUUUUUAGGCAAUGCGAUCACAGUUAGGCUGCCUUGCUUUAAUCCUUGAGGCCAGGAGUUAGCAUGGCCAUUUUUUCCACAUGGCCAUUGUCUAGCUAAAAUCAUUUUGAUAAUAAAAAUAGCAAAUGGCUCCCUAAUUUGGUAUUCUUACAUGAGAUUUCUAUAUUUGAGCAUAGCUAAUUAGGAAGCUAUCUACUAUGCAGCCGAAAGAUCAAAAUUCGGAAAAGCCCUCUCCUUAAAGGACCACUAUAGGCACCCAGACCACUUCAGCUUAAUGAAGUGGUCUGGGUGCCUGGUCCAUCUAGGGUUAACCCUUUUUUCUAUAAUCAUAGCAGUUUCAGAAAAACUGCUAUGUUUAUGUUAGGGUUAAUCCAGCCUCUAGUGGCUGUCUCAUUGACUGCUUUCCUAUGGAAAGCUUUCCUAUGGACUGGCUGAAUGCGCGCACAGCUCCUGCCGCGCAUGCGCAUUCAUCCGACGAGGAAGAGAAGAGGAUGAGAGCUCCCCGCCCGGCGCUGGAGAAGGAGGUAAGUUUAACCCCUUCCUCUCCAUCCUGCCCGGCAGGAGGCGGACCCUGAGGGUGGGGGCACCCUCAGGGCACUAUAGUGCCAGGAAAACGAGUAUGUUUUCCUGGCACUAUAGUGGGCCUUUAAUGUUGAUCUCUGAGCAGUUUAGUAGAUUACUCCCUAAUUUGGUAUCAUUAUUGCUAUAUUGAAAUAUAUCAAAUUAGGAAAGUAUUAUUAUUAUUAUUAUUAAGCACACUCAUUCUCAUGCACACGUACAUACACAUUCACACACAUAAAAGCACAUUCACACACAACUAUUUAAAACACUUUUUUUUAGGAAAGUCAACAAGCCUGUGCGUGGGAGGACUGAAGUAGAUGUUCUCCCUGGGGUCCUGUUGUUACAGUUAGGAUCACUGUGUCCUUCCUGCACAGCUCCCAUAUGCACCUUGCAGUGAUGAUGGGGCCUGCCGGCAUCACUAUAGGCUAAAGGGCACACGGGAGCUAUGCAGGAAGUGCACUGUAAGUAAAUAGCUACUUUGUCAUGAUUUUAUUGAGGGCUUUUGCAGGUUUGCAGGGGGUAGGUCUUAUAAAACCCUCAGGCUCCGAGUCGCUGAUCCCUGUUCUAGGCAAACAGUAAUAAUAUCAUAUAGUGUAAGUUACUUGCAACCAUUAUAUUUCUUUUAUUUUUAUAUUUAUUUAAUAUAGGCACAGGAAGGGCUGGCAAAGCUUAAUGGGUGUUGUGGUUCUAUGACAGCUGAUCUAUCUUUUGACCUCUUUUGAUGGUAUAUGUUUCUAAUAAUUUUUCCUCUUUCUUUUCUCAGUAGUGUUUGUAUUCCUAUAUGUUAUCUACCCUCCAAAAAAGUUAAUAUUUGCAUUAUUGACCACCUGUCUAAAAAGCAAACCUGACUCUUAGAAAAUUCAGACACCACUAAGACAGAUAGAGAGAUAUCCUUGCAAUACACUGUUUAAUCUGCUGACACAUGCUAAGAGGGAGGGGUAGAUUGGCAGGAGAGAUUUUUUUAUUAUCACAAAACUUGGACUAACCUGGCACAUAAAUAGCACUUUUAAAUUGCUACCGGAAUACAUUGUACAUAGAGGUUUUUCUACCAUCCUUUUGCCCUCAAAAAUAAAUGACAUGAGCAUAAUCUUUGCAUUUUAUAUUAAAUCUAAUACAUGUCCUUCUAACCAGGUAGCCUGAAGAGAACUUGGAAAUUUGCGUUCACAUUUACUAAACUGGUGAUGGUGGGACAGUAUUCUUCUACUGUAUCAAGUUUUGUAGUUCUAAUGUACAGUUGACAGGUUGAUUAACCUUACCUGCGUUUUCAAGUGUAUUGUAAUUUGCACUCUUCAGUCUGAAGAGAACAUUUUCACUUUCAGAUUAGCUAGGAGCACAUUAAAUAGCAACAUGUUUCAGAUUAUAAUAGAAAAAAAAAAAAAUCAUUUUAUUUUCACUUUCAGGAUGCAGAACGCACAUUGCAUGGCAACACGUUUCAAGCACCAGAACAAAAGCCAACCUCAAUUGACUUGCUAAAACUUGUUUUUCCUUUUUUCUACAGUGGGAAAACCUCACAAGUGCAACUAUUGUGGUCGUAGCUACAAGCAGAGGAGCUCCCUUGAGGAACAUAAAGAAAGAUGUCAUAACUACUUGCAGAAUGUAGGCUUGGAAGCUGGACAAGGCAUGGGACAACAUGGUGGGUGCCCUUGACCAUGAAUCGAACACCUGUCUCUCAUUUUUAAAAUCAUAUUGAUGUAGCAUACAUUAGCAUAUGAAAUUGAUUCAGUCUAUUGUUUCCAAAUCAACUUUAUUGACAUUAUUUUACCAUCUAUCACUUUAUUAUGAAUGACAUUUAAUUUACUGUGUCAUAUGUCCCUACAAACAUAACAGAAGACCACAGAACCUUUGCAAUGUAUCUAAAUCAGGCACAGCCUUGUGAAUAAUCACUUUAAAAUAUAUACAAUUGGCCACUAAUCUUGUCGGAUAUAUAGGAAAAUACAUAUACAUAUAAAGCAUUGAUGUGCUAUGAAUUAAUUGUUGCAACCUUCCAGACUAAUGCACUAACUGUCAGAGUAGAUAAACAAUGUUGCAAGUUUUUGCGGUUUGUACUUAAGAAGUAAUAGUAGCCAAAACCUUUUCUUUAUUUUUGAGAGCAAAAAUAUAAACUGUAUUGAGAGACUUUUUAUUUCUAUGCAAUGCUGUUGAAUCAUUUCCAAAUGAAAUGUACCAAAGCUUGUGCAGCAAUGCAUUCUGGAGUUUGUUGGUUUACUUUUCAAAAACACAAGAAUCAUUUAGGUUCCAGACUACAGUAGACUACUCCUCAGUAUACCGCAGAGUUCUAGUAGCCUGCAGGUUUUGGAGAAUUGGCAUGUGCGCCACCUUUUAUUUGGGGGUUUCACGAGCACCCCCCUGCAGGGUCUUUUCACAUGAUGGUAGUAGUGUCUUUAUAGGAUGUCGCAAGCAGGCAGGCUAUUCUGAUGUGACAUUUUGGUUCUGUGUAGCAUCUCCUAUGGACGAGAGUAAGAAUCCAGAGACCCUGAUGGAAAACAACAUGUCUCUGAUGUCCUUUGAGAGACCGGCUGUCAUAGAGAGACUUGCCAGCACCAUGGGGAAGCGUAAGAGCUCUACCCCACAGAAGUUUGUGGGUAAGCAUUGGCUUUCUUUUCCUACAGUGUGCCGUUAUGAUAGUCACAGAUUAGGUAGAACAGUUAGUAACGGGUCUGGAAUCUGAUUAUAUUUGGGGACACAAAGUCUUGAUUGAGCAAGUUAACUCUGGGGACUAGCUAAGAACUAUGAAUAACGCCAAAAACAAACUAGUUAAGCUAUUUCACCAAAAUAAGUUCUUAAAAUUUAAUAGCAAAACACAGUUUUGUUAUUUAUUUAUUUUUUUGGUUCAUCUUUUUCCUUUAGAAAUUGUACAGACACAGUAUAUUCUUUGCAGGUAAAAACCACUGUUUCCUAUGAGAGGAAGUGACAUCCAUUCUAUGCACGUUCCAAAAGGUUAAAUUCACAUAUCUCUGCAGCUUAACAGGAAGGGAAAGUCCCUGCCAGCAAUGGUGAUAUGAUUUACAUAUGCAUCACUCCUUCCACUAUAUCAUAAACACACAGAGAGAGACACCUAAAUUCAGACCAGAAAAGUAAACAGCAUUUCUCACACAUUACAUGUAUAUGUACGGUGUGCACCAUUCUGCAAUGGUUCAUGCUAGCAAAAUUGGGUCUUUAUGUAAAGUUGGAAAAAGAUGACAGUGUAGGCCUCGCUGUAGCCUCUGGUCUCUGGAACAGGGAUGUCCAAAAGGCUAUCAAGGCAUCAUGGACUCUAUAGUUCCACAAUAACUAGGGCUUCUACUACCUGGGCAUCCUUAAUAGUGAUUUGUAAGCUAUAUGAAUAUAAAUAACUGCUUGACAGAUUUAAAACAUUGGCCGUAGGUAGUUCUUAAAAGCACAAAAAAAAAAAAAAUGAACAGACAUUCCCAAAUGUCUUUUUCAGAUUUUUUUCAGCACUGGAUUGGGACGAUGCAGGGUUAAUUUAACUAAGCGAAUUCUUAACUCGAUGUUCCAUUAUAUUAUAUAGCAUUAUAGAAUUUGCUGCUUUAAACAGUCAUAAUGUCAUUAAAUAAGAGGGACAUUUUGUCUUGGAAAACAAUCUUUAAAAGGCCAAAUUGUUAAACUGGCAUAAGCCAGUAUAAAUAUGUUGGAUGUCACCAGUGUUUAUUUAACCGAUUUAUACCAUGAUGCAGAAGGAAUCUCAGAACCCUUUAGAUAGAUCUUAACCAUCUUUUGUUUAUCAACAAUUCUCCAGAAUGGCUGCUAGGACUCUGCAAAAUGGAGUUUCGAUUUAUUUAUUUUUUUCAUUCAUUUUAAUUGUCCCAGUUGACAAAGGGUUUAUGUAAAAAAACAAAAUCUGGGGUACAUCUAAAAGUGGAGCAAUCUCUAUGGAAACUAAAAUGAUGCUGCUGAUGAUUGCUCAACUUUUUAACCAUGCCCUGAAACUGUCCUGUAAAAAUAACCCUUCAAUACUUCCCGAUCUCUCUAAUGUCAGAAAAUGACAGGAUAUGUGACAGGCAACAGGAAUGAAUUUUUAUUAGGAAGUGAAUGGUCAUGUUUUAGAACAAUAAAAAUUAAAGGGUGGAGAUGUAUGGAGCAAUCUAAGACUAGGUUAGAAAAUAUGACUGUUUAGAUCAAAAGAUAGAAACAUAGACUUACAUACUAAGACUAGCAUUAACAAAAGGAAUAGGCUGAAAAGUAUAAUUGAGAGUAUAUUGUACUGUUAUCAUUUGAUCUCAGUAAUUUGUUGUUUAAAAGUAAAAAAUGCAAUAUGGUAAGACAACAUUUUGGGUAUUCAGUUUUUAAUGCAUGUUAUUAAUUCUAGGUGAAAAACUCAUGCGAUUUGGAUAUCCUGACCUCCACUUUGACAUGAAUAUGGCUUAUGAGAAAGAAGCAGAGUUAAUUCAAUCUCAGGUGAUGGACCAGGCUAUCAACAAUGCCUUCACCUACCUAGGAGCAGAUGCAUUGCGGCCCCUGAUACACCACUCCACUUCAGCUAUGUCAGAUGUCCCCCCGGUUAUCAGCUCAGUUUACUCUCAGGUCUACCAUCCAGGCAGGGUGGAGAGACCCACCAGCAGGGAAACAUCAGACAGCAAUGACAAUAACAUGGAUGGCCCUAUCUCCCUUAUCAGACCAAAGAGUCAUCCCCAAGAGAGAGAGGCAUCUCCCAGCAACAGCUGCCUGGACACCACCGACUCAGAGAGUAGCCACGAGGACCGGCAGUCCUACCAAGGAAACCAUGCCUUAAAUUCCAAGAGAAAGCAGAGUCCGGUGUAUUCUAAAGAGGAUGGCAAAGCACUUGAUGCCACAAAAUCUAACCUAGGCUCCUCCAAGGAUGUCUAUAGAGUGUUUAACAGCGAAGGGGAGCAGAUUAGAGCCUUCAAAUGUGAGCACUGUCGGGUGCUUUUUCUAGACCAUGUCAUGUACACCAUCCACAUGGGCUGUCAUGGUUACCGUGACCCAUUGGAAUGCAACAUCUGUGGUCACAGGAGCCAGGACCGUUAUGAAUUCUCUUCGCACAUUGUACGCGGGGAGCAUCCAUUUCACUAGCUCAAUUACGUGAAAGGUUCUUUUGAAGUAGACUGCACAUGAAGAAAUACUGCACUUAAUACUCCCACUUUUCCUCAGACUUUAGUCACACUGAAAGGAUUUACUUUAGGUGGAAUUUUUUAAAUUUCAAAUUUAUGUAACAUUUUUUUUUCUUUAAUGUCUCCGACAAACUGUCUUAGCCUCCCAAGAAAGAUGAGAAAAAAAGAGAAUUAAAUGGCUGUACUUGCUUAGCCAAAAUAUUAACUUUCCAUGGAUUUAAUAGCAAAUUGCUAAAGCACUGUGAGUGGUUUAUAAAAUAAUAAUAAUAAUUAUUGUAAUAAGAAUAAUAUAUUUACAAUCAUCGACCAUAAGAUAUGUAGGGAUUCUAGGGCUUACACAUAUGUUAGCUUGGACGAUACAGGUAUCAUGGGAAACAUAGUUAUCCAGUAUCUCAAAAAUGAUUAAUUUAUAACAUGCAAAAAUAGUUUAUGCUUAUCAUUUUUUUUUUUUUUUUUUUUUUUUAGUGAUCCGUAUGCAUGUGUCUAAAUUUCAAAGAGAUUUAAAGGUGCUUAAUAAUCUGUUUUGGAUUAAAUCGGGAAGCUCGUCAGAUCUUUUACGUCUAUGUGUUGUUUGCUAGUUGCAUUUUUGCUAGUGUAGAAGUUUGGUAUACAGUUGCACAAUAGACUGCAAGUUAAUAUUUUCUGAUGAGAAAUCAGUGAACUGCCCUGUUUCUGAGAAUUUUCAUUAAUCUAAUCUGGAGUUCUGGAGUUCUGUUUACGGCUUUCUUGGGGAUUUUUUUGUUGUUACCUUUUUAAAACUCAAGUGACUCUCCAUCCACUAGACAGGAAGUUUAACUACAUUGGCAAACAACUUGUGAAAUAUAGGCUCCAAUUGUUGAUAUGGAAAAACCACUGUAAUAGUACAUGAACUUGUGGAUAAGCAAAUAAAUCCCAAGGUAUAAUUAGUACUUCUUCAGACCUUUACAUGAAGCCUUAGGUUUCAUGUGUCAUACAGUAAGUCAACAUACAUAUAAGACUUGUGAGUGGACCACAGCGCUGUGGAAAUAAAACUUUGGCCAAUUUGCUUUUCCCAAGGGAAGGUACAUAGACUACUCUAUUUAGCAAAAAUGUACAAAAAGAAUAGACAAACUGUUACCUUUACAAAGUGUCAAAUCCUAGUAUAUACUUAAAGGAUUUUGAGAUGAAAGGAUGAAAGAUUUCAGUACUGUGGUAGGACAAUAGGAUAUAUGCUCACCUGCCACUAUAACCAUAAAUAACAAAUGGGGUAUAUUCAACUUACUACAAACUGAUCAUCGUAGGCAAACCAUUGGCAAAUUGUGACCUAACACUGUCCAUCUUUUUCUGUAUUUUGCUUCCCCUUCCUAUAAGUGCAAAGUGCAUAAAGGAACAUGUAAAUCCAAUGUAUAGCCUAAAAAUACCCUUUUUUAAGAAUGUGUGCAAUACUGCAGAAAUAUUAAGGGAAAAGUAAAAAUUUUACUUGUAGAAUCAUAAAAAUAUGAAUACUCAUCUAUUAGACCCCUUUUAAUACCAAAAUUGUAUAUAUGCAGUGUUUACUUAUAUUUGCUCUGCACUUUUAAAAUUCUUAGUGCUCCCUUUGAAUGUUCCUGUACUGUAAGACAGUAUUACUCUUUCACAGUAAGACGUAUGGGAACUCUGUUCCCUGUGUGAAUAUAGUAAGGGAACGGAGUUCCUUUCAGACCUACUCGACUAGAAUCCUGCUAUGCAGCAAGUUUUAGUGACUUUUGAGCCAGUUUACAAAAUCUUGAGUCAAAUAUUUUACUUAGAAUAAAAACUAUUUCUAAAUCAUUAUACAUUUAGUGUACAUUUCCCAGGUAGUUUUCAGGCCACCUAAACUUGCUGUUAUGUGGAUAGGAAUAUACUGUUUAAACCAUAUUUCCUAACAUUUUGCACCUGGUAUACAGAUGUAAAAUUUUCUAGCAUAAAUUAGUUGUAAGUUGCUCCAAAUUCACCAUACAUCUGCCUGCUCUCAGGUGACAUACUUUUUCAAAAGUUUUCCUGGGUUAAGGUUUGCAGACUUUUCCUGAACGAAUAUAUUUCACGACUUUGUUGACUUCAAAACACCACUCAUUUUAUUUCAUCUCUCAAACUCUGUAACACAAACUGUGCCAGGAUUCAAGUGUAGAACAUCAAAAGACUGCAGGUGGCUUAACUUUAUUGCACUCAACUGUAAAUUGGUUUUAGUCGUUAAACCUGGUAUUGAUGGGAGUUGAUAAGGGAAUUGCAAACUCUAGGACCAGAUAGCCAAUACCUUGUCAGGACAAGUGGGCAGCGUCAUCUUGGAUGUGUGUCCGUGACCCAGAUUGCCACACUGACAUGCCCACUUCUGUCCCUACUGCAGCCCCUAUACAGUGCAUAUAUUUGGUAGAAAUUACAUAGAAUCAGUUUUGAGAAAAAUGGACAAGUCUUUUCUGAUCCUAGAUAGAUGGAAAAGCCCCUGAACCUGUUUCGAUGGGCCUGGGGUCCAAAAAUGUAACUGUCCCCAAAAAUGUGUGAAUGUAUCCAUUGUUAGAUAAAUUUGCAAUGCUACUGAACUGCAUGUUACGUGGUUACUCCAAGCAUUAUAACCACUAAAGCACACUGUAGUGCUUAUGAUACCAGGAGUAUCCUGGCCCAAUUCCCCAGUUAUGGUGUAACCCAUUUAGUAACAGUUUGCCCUCUAACUUCCACAGGGUUUCGAGCCUUCUGAAAUGGCCAGAUGACUUAUCUCUGGCUUCUGCAGAACUCGGAAGCCAAUACAGUCACAAUUCAUUGACUGAGAGCAUCAACUGACCGUUGUCAAUGUAACACUGGGGGAAUAAAUUUGCACAGACUUGACAUUAGCCAGCCCGGAACUCUGGUUCCAGGCUGGCUGAUGACACUCCAUGAUGCUGCCAGAGGUGGAGUUACACCACCAGCAGAUAAGGGGUUAAACUCAGCAUCUGGAGCCUUUCACAGCAAAACGCUGCACACACAGGCUCUAGGCAUAACCCUUUAAAUUAGCAAAGCACACCUAUUGCUAAGCACCUUUCGAUUUCAAUUUUAUUUUCACUUCCAACACUGAACCUAUUAUACAAAGCUCGUACUUGGAUCUUAUUACUGUUAUAAAACUGUAAAUCUAAAUUAUUCCAGUUUUCUCCACGUUAAUCUAAAAUCUCAAUUGCAAUGAACAUAUUACUUGUACACUUAUUUGUGUAAGAAUCAUUUUAUUAUAUAUAAAAUUUAUGUACAAAAUGAAUCCUAAAUAGUUUUAUAUUUAUAAAAGAUAAAAUUUCUAGCUCCAGUGAAAUGUUUACCCUUAUCCAUUUUUCUGAUCAAAAUUCUUCCUCUAUAUUCCAAAAGCAUAAAACAAAAGCUGUUAGAGAUAUAGAUUUUGGAUAAAUGCAAAACAUUAAGCAGCAAAAUAAAACAGGUUUUAUAUAUUCAGCUAUAUUGGUUUAUUUAUUUAUAUACAUAGAUAUUGAUUUGGAACUAGAACUAAAAAUCUUGUCUUGAUUUUGCUUUGUCAUAUAAAUAAUAUUGAAUUACUUUAAUAUAACCUCAAUUAUUAUUAUUAUUAUUACUGCUAUUUAUAAAGCGCCCAGAUACCCUGCAAUGCUCUACAGUUGGUGGAAAUAGACAGUACAGUAUAGACAAACUAAUAUAAAAGGAAUGCAUAAGCAAGCCAUUAUAUAAAGUACUAAACUAGAUAAUAACAAUAUGUUCUAUAUAGCCGUUCAUGGUUAUUUACUAGAAUAAGAUUUGUGGGGAAUUCAAAGCGAUAAAGCUAAAGUAGCUCAAUUGGAGAAUUUUUCCAGUCCUUUUGCCUAAAUUUUGAAAUUCACUUUGAAUUCUUAACAAUUCUGAUUUUAGUAAAUAACCCUACCAGUCUUUAAGAGUCUGUUACUUGACAUUCACUUGGAAUCCCCCAAAAAUCAUGGUUUAUUGAAUAACCUUGCAAAGGAUCCAUAAACCUGAUUUGUAUCAUCAAUGAAAAUGAUCUAGUUCCCCCCUCCCUAAAACUGACCUUUUAUUUGAUACAUGUGGGCAUAUGAGCUACAGCAGCAGUGUUUGAUUGACUGUUUCAGAGUUCACCUUAGUAUACCUAUGCUUUUAUUUAGGAGGUCUGGCUAUAGUCAGUGGUGGCUUUAUAUUUUAGUUGAGUUCAGUUCACUAUCUAGUGAUAGCCAAAUAGAAAAUGCAAUUUAAGCAGUACCAAGUGUUUUAUUUACAUAGAGCCAAAAAGGGAAACUAAGUAAAGAGGGGCAGUGGGAUUUGUACUAGAUUAGAGACUGCCCUCCCUUAAUAGGGUCACCUGGGAGGUAUGAAUACGCACACUGACUUAAUGCAUUCGUAUAUCCAUGCAGUACAUAAUGGGCUUAGGAUAUUGAUUGCUAUUUAGCCAGAUUAAUGUUUUUGUCUCAAAAAUGUAAUUAGUGCAUUGAGAACAUGCAUUUGCAGAGUAGCAUUAACCAUAAGGUGGUUCUUGGGCAAUGCCUUGAAACCCUGGGGUUUGACAGGGAACCCGGAACCAUGAAUUUGUUUGGCCCCAUUAACCAUCCCAAUGUGAAGAAUAAAGGGGAGACUGAUAACUUGACUUAAUCUUUCUCUGUGUUUGGUUGUUUUUAUGGUGAUAAAGAAUAGUGUUCCAUUAUGGAGGGUUUCUAGACUAGUGUCUGUUCUGGAUGCCAAUGUGUGCUAACUUUUAUUGCUGCUAUAGAGAUUGCUAAAUAUGUAUUUUCACAGUAGUUGUGGGAGCAAUGCAGAUUUAUCCAGUCUUGCUUCCAGUAAACAUUAAAAUAAGAAUGAGAUGAUCCUUUACCAUAGAGAUCAUGAAAAACCACAUAUCUGUAUGCAGUUCAAUACUGAUUGUAUUGCUUUCGUAAAUAGACAGCAAUAUGAGGAUCAUCAUUUCCUGCAUGUAUCACUGCAAACAAUGCAUUGGGUCUCUGUCGGACCUGGUGCCCAAUUUAUUCAUAUGCCGACAGCGCAGAGUCAUUGGCUCACACGCAUUGUUGCAUAUGUUAUCUGUACACACAGUAUCCCUAUUACUAGAAAGGUCUGAUGGGCCAAUAUUUUGAGCAUUAAAAUAGAGCUGCGGUUGUAUGUAUGAAACUUUCCCUGUCCAACGUGAAUUUGAAAAGACCUAUAUUUCAACACACUCUACCUUAACACCUUGAUAGACACCAGCAACUAGCCAGAUUCUUAGUUUUAUUUCUAAAGCGCCAACAUAUAUGAUCACACCGUACAAGGGAUAAAAAAAUAUACAAGCAAUUGUAAUGAAACAAGCUAUUGGUACAGGAUGAUACCUUGUGAAGGUCAUCCCCAGACAGGGUUAUCUCAAACCACCAAACAGUGCAGGUUGUGGUAGAAACCUAUCAUUGUCGGCUGGUCUAUCAGAAAAACCUUCAUUAAUAGGUGUUAAGAUUCUCAAACUGAAAUCUCUGACUCACCCACCCCUGUAUUGACAUGUCUUACACCCAUAUUCUGUUUAUCAUGUCUAUAUUUAGCAAAGUCUUGCUUGAAAACACUCACUGCUGUGUUAUGCUGCUUAAUUAGAUUACAUAUAAAUUUGUUUAUUAUCAAUUUUGUAAUGUCAGUCUGUGCAUGUUAGGAAUAAAUCUAGUGCGGUUUUCUCUGCCAACUUUAGUAACUAAUAAUGCUGCUUUUAUUUAACGCCAACCCAUCAACAUGCGACGAUCUAGGAAAGCCUCAAAUACCUGCUCUUAAAGCAUGGAUCACUGUCUAACUAAAUAGUAUUUUCACUGGCAUAGAAGGGAAUACAUAGAUAGUGAAAGGAUUGUGAUGUGCACACUAUUGUUCACUGUCUCUGAACUUCAUUACCAAAAGAUAGUCAGGUAUACUCUGCUGGCAUAGCAUGAUGGGAAAUGUAGUCAAUGAGUGUGUCUAAUGUCGAGAUUAUCCACCAGGAAAUUAAGUCAUAGAGGUUCUUAAAAAAAAGCAGAUUUCUUUUUAUGGCAGUCAGAGACUUGCAGUUGCCCCUUAGAUUAUCCCUGUUUACGUUUUCCCCCCAUAAUUUAACCAAGGGUUAGAAGGUCAUGAAGAACCGAAUGGUCUGUGAUGAAGUCACGUUCAUAGGAUAUUGGGUGUAUUCUAGUAGAUGAGAGAUAGACAUAAGAAUCAGAUGAUCGUUAUUUUGUGUUUUACAAACCACUCUCAGUGAAAUAUUCUUCAUUGUAAUUAGGUGUAUCAAACUUUUACUCAAACUUCCAGAUCUCUUGUGUCAUCUUUGAUGGGAGACCUGUGAACUGUACAUAUAGGAGGAUUAAAAGGUUAUUUUUAUAUCUGUGACAUUAAACCAGAGACUAAUAAAAGCUACGUGUUUCUGCUAUCAUUCUGAAAGGUUAAGGGUGUGAAAUAUGUCCACCCACCCUCACUGCCAGGCACUGCAUUCCUCAUCUACUGUGUUAUCUGAUCUCUGAUACAUUGGGGGCAAACCUUCAGAAGAUGAAACGCACUUCAAAAGGACUUGGGUCAAUAAAUCCCAAAAUUACCUCAUGUGACACCUCAAGGUGUCUGAAGAGGAUGCUCCACUUUGUCCUUUGCUAUGCACUUACUGGUGUCUGACAACACUGGAAUCAUUUGUCAUUAUCUGUACAUUGAAUCAAAGGACAGACUUUGUUUUUUUUUCUUUAUACUGUGAUCAACAAUCUAACUCCAGGUCAUCAAUGCUGGGACUUUUACAAAACUGUUAUCAGUCAUAUUUGUGUAGCAGCAUCUCUAACCUCUCGUCUAUUAGGGGUGUAUCAAAACCCAGACAUCUUUCAUCUGUUUAUAAAUUAGAACCAUUAUAUAUAUAUAUUUGUACAUAGUGUGUGUGUGUGUGUAUGCGUGUGCGUGCGCAGAAUAUUAUUCUGCCAUUCCUUCAGAGCUGUCUCUUUCUAUGUGCUCAGAACCAUUGGGGCAUGUGUAUCACAUAAACCCCCUGGCAAUGUUGUUUUUUUUGUAUGCAUAAUGAAUUAUUAUUUUGUUUGUGUGUGACUUUAAAAGGCACCUGUCACUCUCCAGGAUUUUUCAUAUUAUUUUUUUUACAAAUACAUAUUUGUGAGACGUGAGAAAUAAAACUGAAUAUAGAAACCCACACCUAUAUUUUCCUGCAACUGAGCAACUCCAUAUUAGCCCUCUAUUAUUUAUUGUAUAAUGAAUAUAAUGAAUGUUAUGAGCUCUGUCCUUUGCAUCUGGCAGUCAGCAUAGGGAAAGCGUCCAGUGAAGAGGAGAAAUGAAACAAUGUUUCUGUGUCUCCUCUUCAUUUGCAACAUUUGCCUUGUCUGAACUGGAUUAUGACGUAAUUUGCUAAAUUUAAUAUGAAUUUAAAAUAAAUACAAAGUAUCGCAUUUAAAAAAAAAAGUAUAAAGUUACAGGUGAUUUCCAAUGUUUUAUUCAAUUAUGUAAAUUCCAGAGAAGUGACCAUUUCCUUUUAAACUUUCACAUAAGUUACGAUCAAUAGGUCAUGAUGUCUCCUAAAAUGUAUUGGCAAGUUCCCACGUGAAUACCCUCAAUCACGUCCUGCUAAAAUAAUAGAUCCUCCUUUUCUCAUUUCAAAUGAUGGGAGGUAUGUGUGUGUGUGUAUUUAUGUAUAUAUUUAUUGUCCUUUCUGCACACACAGUACAUAUACUAGCAAGUAAUGUCAUAUAUUAACAAUAUGUAUUGUUUCUUGUGCUUUGACCAGUGACUCCCAAUCUAGUCCUCAAGGCACACCAACACUCCAGGACGUGUCAAUGUCUCAAUUGGAAUGGAAUAGGGAAUGACUUAUAUCCCUAACUUGUGGUGUGCAUUAAGAGCUAGAUGAUUUAUAGUGGAACUAUUUGUCCCACAAUCUUUGUGUGAUAAAGUUCUAUUCAGAUGAGAGAGAGAGAGAGAGAGAGAGAGAGAGAGAGUGUGUGUGUCUAAAAAAAAACAAAAAAAAACAUGAAUUCAAAAAAUUAUUUUGUGCUAGUGAAAUAUGUAAAUUAAAAAAAAUCACUAAUGAGCAAAUGAAUAGAGUAAGUGAGUUACCCACCUAAAGUUUUAUCAUUCAUGUCUGUUUAGUGGGCUGCACAUGCUCCUGUGCCUACCCACAAUGCAACUAGGAAAUGUGGAGCUGUUGUAGGUCAUAUACCUACAUGGAUGUCUUAUAAUACAAUAAAACGUCAAAUAUUUAUAAAAUGUAAUCUAUCUAUAUGAAUUGUUGACAGAUGCACUUUACAUGUUUGAUACACCCUUAAUAAUCUCUUAACCAUUUCACAGCUGCAAAGUUUGCAUUACACGAAACAGUGAAUGCUAAGCAUUUGUGGCACUAAAGUAAACUGUUUAGGUACGCGUUGUUUCCCCCCCUUUUUGCUAUGAAAAGGGCUGUAUGCCCCAUUGGGUUACACGUUCACUAAAUACAAUGUUUAACAUUAAACGCAUAUAAUCCACAUGAUCUCGAUAAUUAACGGUGAAGUGUAUAAUAUGAUUUUGUUUCAUCACCCACUUGUUCAUUGCAUUGUACAGUCUGUUUACAUAUUUUUGUACUGAAUUGUAGUUUUAUAUUUAAAACUAAGAAAAGGACAGGAUAAGAAAAAAUGCUGUAUAGACAAUUUAAGGGAUUAGAUAUGUUAAGGUACAUAAUCUUUGUAAUGCAUCAAUUAGAAAAUCUGGUAAUUAUCUUACUGUAAAUGUAUAAAUGCCUUUUUUGUUUUUUUUGGUUAAUAAUUCUGGUUGUAAAUUUUAUGGUUUUGCUCUGAAAAAAUGUAUAUCUUUGUAUAAGAGACUGGAAGCUUUUAAUGUAGAAGAAAGAAAUUCUUAUACGGUAACUUUUUUUUUUUUGUGGGGAGGAAAUAAAACUGCUUUAAAUACAUUUAAGUAAAUAUAUAUUGUCCUAUUCCAGCAGUUGAUGGGGAAAGAAUGGAAAAAAUGUUUGCUCGGUACCAAUGUUAAUUCUGAACCAAUUCCUCUGUUCCUGCGCAGAUGAAAACCUUUGUCUUUUAAAUUUGGAACAAAAUGUUGAAUUUACAUCCAAUGUGUCUUAGUCUUUGGAUCAAAUUCAAAUUCUGAGUGUCUUUGACCACUAUUAUUAUUCGCACACUCACCUGCAAUAACCCUCAUUCAGGUUGUGGAUCCACAACUACCAACAUUUUUUGCCAUCUGCAUUUCAUAAUAUUUAAACCACCACGUUUUAACCCCUUGCUAGAUCUUGUUCCAAUUUAAAAUACAAACAGCAGUGUGCGUCACUUUUGCUGCCUGUUCUCAAUGUUUGGGGACUAAAAUAGGAAGGUUGAGUUUAUUUGCUUAUGCAUGAUGUUAACCUUUUCAGUGUCAAAGGGACUAGCAACAACAUUUCAGGGCACAGUAUCUUGAGCUACAUCACUGGAAACUUAGGUGUUAAUGUCCUAUUAAUCUGUUAAACUACGGAGGCAUAUUAGAAUGCCUUACUUAUUCCAUUGCCACUCAAGAGGUUUGGUUUCUACAUCUCUGGAUUCUGUUGGCCCUCUGUAUGAAUGUUUUUGUGUACGCAUGGGGAAGAAGGGAGGAUUUAUUCAAUGUUUUUGUUUGUUUUAUAUGUUAAAGCUGUGGGAUCUUUGUGUUGAUUUCGAGAGUUGUAAUAACUUGAUUGCACAACUACUGGAAUAAACUUUUUAUAGGGAAUCUCAGGAACAAAUAUUGCCUUUGUGCUUGUCUGAUUUAUCAUUUAACUCCAGUAUAAAGUUGGAAAAAAUAAUGAAUUUCUGUAUUCGGUAGUGCAAUUAAACAAAAUGUAAUUGUCACAAAUACAAUUACUAGCUGGUUUGAAGCUCCAGGAAACAGUUGUUUUUACAGCUGAAUAAAAGUGAG